GAGCGGGCCUUCGUUUCUUCCCUUUUCUCCCCGGCGAGCGGUUGGUUUGGGUGGCUCGGGUGGGCGGGGCUUCUCUUGACAGGCACAGCGCGAGGAGGAACCGCCGACGGUUGGGCUGUGUGGCCGUUGGGCCCCUUCGCGGGAAGCCCCGCCUCUCCCCCCUCCCCGCCACGUCCCGCGCUUCUCCGGGUGCCGCAGUGGGGGGGCUCCGAGGAGUCCUCCUUCCCGCUUGUUGUGUCGCGCGGGCCGAGAGGGGGAGGGAGGAGGAGAAGAUGUUCGAGAGCCUGCGCGAGCGGCUGCUGAGCGUCCAGCAGGAUUUGACCUCGGGGUGAGUUAACUGCCGCCUCCGCUGCCGCGAUAAAGUUCCUGAAAGUCCCUGAGGUGCUGAGGGAAGGGAGAGCCCGCGUGCGGGGCGGGUUGUUGGCGGAGUAAGGGGCUGCCCUUUGGGGCUCCGCUGACGAGGGACGCGCCGUGGGGCGUUGAGGGUUUGCCGCGGAAAGUUGCGGUUAAAACGCCCCCUAGGACGGAGGCGACUUUUGAGGUACUUUGGGAAUGAGCCCCGUGGUGGAAUUCACUGGGGCUUUACUUCGGAGUAAACGCGCGUCGUGUGGCGGUGUAAGAAGCGCGUUCGCGUUUGUGGGCGGAUUGCCUGCUAACUACCGACACCAGGUGCGUGUUGUGAGGAUGGGGCGAGUGGCGUGUCCCGCCUCGGGUUUUCUUCUUUCUAAUACGCUGCCUCAAAUAGCACCAGGGGUGCUGCACGAAAACCACGCGCUGUCAAUUAGUUCUUGGCUACUUUAGCCCUGAAUAAGAGUCACUUCCCAUGUCCCGCCUUCCUUUCCAACGUUUCUAAAUGAACUUUGGACUUGGUAAUUCGGUGUUGUUAAAAAAAAAAAUCACUCAGGCUGCUUAUCACCUGAUCGUGCGGUGUUGGUUUUUUUUUAAAAAAGGGAUUGGAGCUUUUGCUAGCUUGCAACUGAUUGCUUUCCUAUAAGAGUACAUUACCUGUAAGGUAAGCUCGUUUUGGAACAAGAGUCCAGCCAAUAGGACCCCUUUCCUUUUUUAAAAAAUGCAUAUAUAUAUAUUGUGUGUGUGUGUGUGUGUGUGUGUGUUAAUGAUAAAGGUUUGGGACUCACAAGUUGCAGGCAAUGCUUUGUACUCCUCCACCUUCCAGUCCCCACUUAGUGUGAUUUUAUUGGCCUGCUUUUUAAAAAGGCUGAUAGAAGUACUAAUUUCCAAUUGCGCUUCUUAUAAGGGCUGUUUUCCAUGUUACCAGGGGAGUCCCUAUUCAUUUGGGUGAAUGGGGCACUGCUCCACCAGUCUCAGUCUGUCCUCACUCAAACCUGUCUCCCUCUUACUUCCAAUCAGGCCAAGGGGUAGCACUGCCUGUCAGCUUCUUCCUCUGCAGUCUCAGUGUUGCCCUUGGGGAACUCAUUAGGGAGAGGGGGGGGUAUUAUUAAUAGGCUCUGUCAGGCGUUGGCUGUGGUUCCACCUACUGUUGGUCUCCUGCAGUGGCAGAGCGUAUGCCCGCACUGCCCAGGGCAGAUGCGGGAGUGCACCUCUGCGGGGGGCAGAGGGUGCCCUACCGGGUGCCACAGUCCAAGGAUGGAUAGGGCUGGGGAAGCUGCCACCCACUCUCCUCCUGCUCUCCACCACUGGGUCAGGCCUAUCUUGGCGGCAGAGCUGCCGCAACCAGGAACAAGGUGCGCUUUGGCCGAGGAGGGUGGGCAGCAUCAUUGGCGCCUACACUCCUGCUCUCUGCUGCCUGAUCAAACCUGACCUGGCAGUGGAGCUGCUGUGGCUAGGCGCAAGGUGCUCUGCGGCUGAGAAGCGUGGGUAGCAUUGUUGCUGCCCACUCUCCUGCUCUUUGCUGCUGGGUCAGAUAUGACCUGGCAGCAGAACUGCUGUGGCUGGACGCGCCCCGUCGUAGCUCUCUGUUGCUGGGUCAGAUGUGACCCAGUGGCAGAGCUGCUGCAGCCAGGCGCAAGGUGCGCUGUGGCCAAGGAAGCUAGGCGGCAGCACUGCCACCCAUUCUCAUGCUUUCCACCCCUGGGUCAGGCCUGACCCAGGAGUGGAGCUACGGCCAGGCUCAGCUUCUCACUCAAAGGGGACUGCUGUGGGGGCACCUGUUUGCACCCCCUCACAAAAUUACACCUGUGGCCAUGGCCCCCAUGGACUCCCCCCACGCUAUGCCUCUGGUCUCCUGAUCUCUGCCCUACCAGUACCAGUGAGCACCACCAGCUACCACUCUUCUUGUUCAUAUGUGGAAUCUAGCUAUGUUUGUGUUGACUUUGAAGUAUAAUGAGAAAGUUGGAGUAUGCCUGCUAGUAUACCCAGGCAUGAGUCAUUAAUGUGCCUGGGUACAUUACAAUGAUUGAUUCACUAAUGGCUAGCAUGAGUAUUUUCACCAAGCUUAUAAUGUGACAGGCCCUCUUUCAUGGGUGUAGCCAGGAUGGGGGGCAGACUUUAUGUUAGGUAGGGCAGAACUGAGUUAUCUGUGAUGUGAUUUAUCAGUUAAGCAUUUUUAUUUAUUUACUUUUAAUUAUUUACAGUCCUUCCCUGCUCCAUGGUAUAAGCUGACUAAGUGGCAUGGAGUUAUAUGAUACCAGAGAAAUGGGGGGCUGGAGAAGUAUCAAAAUACGUGGAGGAGCUGAACUGAUAUAUCUAGUGAGGUUUAUAAUGCAGAAGAGGGGGAAAACACUUAAUAAACCUUAUUAAAUUGCCUUAUUUUGAGUCUCACUGCUUUUUCUUUGUGUGUGUUUUAGGCUGAAGACCUUGAGCGACAAAUCAAGAGAGGCUAAAAUAAGCAAGCAGAGGUGCUGUUGGAUAUUCUUAAAUUAUGCUUUAUAAAAAUUGCAUUAACAAAAUCCAAUUUAUUACAUGACAUUUACAUGGCAUAACAAAUACUGUAGUCUGUUCUACUGAAUAACAUUAAGAAGCUUAUAUUAGCAGGUUUUCUGUGGGUUUUUUUUGAAAAUUUCCAGUCUAAGUUGUUGUAUAAUUGUUAAUAUUUGCAACAGCAAUGUAAAAAAGGUAGCUUUUUGAUCUAAAUAUUAAUUAGAAAAGUACUGUAGGACUUCAACACUUAAUUAACACAUUCUGUUAUUUUUUAUUACAGGACUAUACAGUGUUCACCAGAGUUUUCUGCUGGAUUACUCUUAUUGAGCAAGUAAAUUCUGUCAUUUAAACUCCUGUUGAAUUUCAGUUAUUUAUAAUUCUUGUUUAUUUUUCUGGAGGCAUGGAUGUAGUUAGUAAGGAGAGAUACUGUAGCACAUUGCCUUGCUCCCCUUGUUUACAUCAAUAUUCAGUAGAAAACAAUGAAUUCUUUUUAAAAGUGAGUGUUUUCAUUGAUCCUAUUGAUACCUUAGUAUGGUUAGCAUUUGGUUACUUAUAUGGAGCUAAAGUAGAACAAAAAACUUAGUAUGCAUUUCUAAAAACAUAAGUCCCAUUGAGUUCAGUGGGGCUUGAGCACAAACACUAUUGGUAGUUCAGCCUGGUUAAGCAUGGCUAAGAUGAAGAUAGGGAAACCAUAUCCUUGUUUUUAAGGAAAAUUAAGGAUUUUUCAUUCUUCUAUGUUUUAUUUGUGAAUGUGUGGUUUGUUUCUGCCAAUUGUUCAGCAGUCUUGAACCCCUCCAAGCCUUGUUUAGCUUUGUUUUGCUUAUCUAAGAAAUUUGGCUUUCAUUUAAAAGUUGUGUUAUUGGCCCAGGUUUUAGACCUUGUGGUUUCUAAGAGCUUAAGAGAUGUGAAUCUGGUUAAGGCUCCAGUGCUAAUGGGAGUUUUUAAAUAUAAACAUGUUUUCAUAUUGUGAUCUUAAGUUGCAAUACUGCAGAAUCCUCAGUAAUACUUGCUACCAAAUAGAUGUGCAUAGAACUGUGCAAUUAAUCUCUGCAAAAUUCUGAAAAAAUGCUUGCUUUCUAAGUCUUGACAACCCAAGUGCUAUGAGUUCAAGAUUGUUUGACUUAAUACAUUAUAAACAGUUUUUCUUGGUAGCUAUAUAUAUAUUUUCUUACAGCAAAUAAGCAAUUUGGUUCAGGACAGCUAGGUGAGCUUGUGGCCAUAACCUUAAGUAUAAGUCCAGUGAUAUCACUGUUUUCUUUUGUGAAGAUAUGAAGAUACUUGGGCAACUCUUCACAGAGGAGCGAAAGAAUGCGCAAAAGCUGGAGAGGUAAAACAUUAACUAACUAACAUACAAACAUUUUGUUUAAAAACUACUUUGCAGUUGUUUAGGUAUUUUGCAUUUAGGAAGGUACACACCUCUCUCAUAUAAAUGAGAAUUCACCAUGUAACAUCUGUUUGAAAGAAUCCUGAACAUUGAUCAGCAUUCCUUAACUGGGAACCUGGUGUUUUAUGUAGAAUGCAGCUCCAUCAAUGUCAGCCGAAAAUCACCCAGCCACCUCUACCUCUCUGCUGGCCCAGACAAACCACGUGCUUGCAACAUGCGCUCCUUACCUAGAGGAGCAUUAGUUUAUUCAUCCCCCACAUCCAGUACAUUAUUAAUUGCAGGCAACCAUCCAGCACUUCCACACCUUCACUUGAGUUAAAUGUUCUAUCUUCACUUGACUUUGAUGGAUGUUCAACUGAAGUGCUUGGCUAUGUUCACACAAAUGUACAUGGCAGGGAAAUUGAAGUGGCAUGCUACUCACAGAAUAAUGGAGCUGUACAGGUUACUGCAAAUUGGUAUGUCUGUAUUUCUGGGGAGCAUGUGGGCUACAUAGCUGUAAAUCUUCAGCAUGCUUCUAAAUUCAUAUAACUAAUACUAAUAGGGAGCUUUGGAGGAAGGGUAGGAUUCUAAUGUAAUAAUUAAAAGCCUUUGCAAAACUCAAGAUGAUCACCAACAAAAUUAAAAUUAAUCAUAUACAUUUCUGUAAUGGUUCUAGGGGUUGCUCGUGCGUAAGCCGGUGCAAACACCUGGCUGGAUUGCCUGAGUGAACCUUUUCUGUCCGGACAGCCACUCACCCGUGGCUGUCUCAAUCGCUGGCAGAAUCUGUCAGUGGGCGUUUCUUAAACUUCUUCCAGCACAGAAGCUCUUUGACGCCUAGUCGCCUCCUACUCUCUCUGUGCGGAAGGCUUCUGCGCAAGGAGGGCGUAGGCAGCGGAGGAGCUCUACUCUCCCCGCUGGUCCCCGGCAAGGAGUCAUGGGACCGCCUCGCCGCUUCCCCCAUCUGCCCCCCUUCUCCACUGGUGCUACGCUGAUUCUCUUCCCCAGAAGAUGGGCUGCCUCUCCCAAUCCCGGGACGCUCUCCGGAAUCCCUCUGGAUUUUGCUCUCUCCCUCCGGCACUGAUGGCAGUUCCCUGACAAUUUCCUUCCUGAACUGGUUUAAGGGCAAUAGGAAUAUAGCCACAUGUCAUCAAAUCAGAACUCAAAUCAAUCUGAUUACUUGCAAAUAGAAACUAGUUGUGCUUCAUUAUAUAUUGUUUCUGUAAGUAAAACACAUACAUCGUACAUAAAUAUACUUUUCUUUGGCAUAUUCCUGUUAAAUAUAUUAGGCUUCAAAUGUCAAAAUAUAUUACAGAUUUAAACCUAACUUACAGUAUUGAUGACAACGUCAAGGAGUUCCUUGUUCAUGAUUUGCUGGCUUUCUAAGCUGUGGCAUGCCUUGGAUACUUACAGAAUACCAAAUAUCUAACUGAAAUUUCAGCAGAAGGUUUUAUAAACUUUAAAAUGUGUAGCAGAAAUAAUUGCUGAAUUGGUAUAAACUUUGAUUUGAUACCUGAAUUUACAAUUGUAUUCUCAGUUAAAAUCUAUUGUUCAAAUAUUUUUCAAAAAAUUGUUUCUUUCAACUUGUACAGCUGCAAAGGUUUGCCUUGUUCAAAGGAAAGACAUGAAUAUGUUAAUGGGCACCUCAGGCCUAGGUGCCAAAUGUGGCUCUUGAAGCCCCCCCCCCCCCCGGACAUUCACACCCCCUCCCCUUGGGUCAUGUAUCUCACUGGCCCUUCUUUGCAUCUCCUUAAGUGCUUUUGCCUGGCUGUAUUUUGUACUGUGAUAAUGACUCUUGCUUGCUGGAAUGGAAGGCAAAAGUAAGUGUGUGUGUGUGUGUGUGUGUGUGUGUGUGUGUAGAGACUUAACUCUUGCAUGGAUGGAAUAUAGUAUUCUGUAGAAUAAAAGUCACAUUUGCGGCUCUGCCUCACCUAUCACUGUGAAGGUUGCCUGCAAGCAAAUGUGACCUCAGGCUGAAAAAGGUCCUCCAUCCCUGCAGUAAUAAAGAGUUGACUGAACAGACUAUGGGAUAUUGGAGUACUUAAUGCAACAGGUUAAAAUUAAUGUUAAAUUGAGAGUUUAUCAUAAUCAGAAUUUGCAUUUCAAAGUAAAUGACAUUCAUUCACUUUUGGAGAGACCAUGGCCAGGUGUAUGUCUUGAAGAAUACUUUUGCAAACUUGGAAAAAUAUUUAGUAUAGUGCAUUAGCAUAACUUUGAAUAGUAUUUUUGUUUUAUUUGAAAUCUGCUUUAUCUGUAUUUUGCACUGAAAAUAUUGUGAAUUGAAAUAUGUAGCUAUUUAAGGCUUUGGCAGCUGACUCAUGAGCCCUAUCAGAGGUUUGGAGAGUUGAAAUAAAUUUAAUAAUGUUAGUUUUAUCCUUGGUUUUAAACAUUGCAGCUGGUGGAUAGUGAAGUUGUGAUGCUUUCUGCUCACUGGGAGAAGAAGAGAAGCAGUCUCCUAGACCUCCAGGAACAGCUCCAGCAAAUUCCAGGUUUUUUAGCAGAUUUGGAAUCUACAACCACUAGCUUGAGUAAGUGUGUGUGUCCUGCUUAUUUAUUUAAAGAUUUAUCCCACCUUUUAGGAAGCUUUCCCCUAAGCAGCUUGAAAAUUAUGAAUAUACAAAUGUUAAAACAUCACAGUUAAAAAUUUAAUAAUGGUAUAUUAAAGGUAUAAUAAUAAGAAUUGGCAUACAAAAAUUAAAACUAUUCAUAAUAAUGCUUUUAAGGAAUGUUUCAAGGCACAGAAGGAGGAGGAUUGCCAGAUUUCCCUGGGGGAGAUUUCCAUAAUUGAGGUGUUGCUGCAGAAAGGUCCUGUCUCUGGUACCCUGGGAGAUAAAAGAGCAAGAUUUGGAAGAUUAUAUUUAAUCCCAUGUAUGAAUGUGGGAAAAGGUGUUUCUUUAAAUAGUCGCGUCCCAGAGCAUGAGCUUCUUCAGUUGAGCCCAGACACAAAUUGAUAACCAGUGUUAGAUUUGAAUAUGUGGUCACCCUAUUUCAAUUUCUAAACUGUCUUUAAGGGAAGUCUAAUGUAGAGGGCUAGUCUUAGCUGCAAAUGCCAUAUAGGCCACUUUUCCUACAUCAAGCUGUGUACUUCAUUCUUCAGGAAGUGUGCAGCCCCAUCUGGAGCAGGUUAUAUAUCUCCAUCCAAAUCAGAUAGAUUCCCAUCUAACAGCAUGUUUGUGUUGUCCAGAUUAAGCUUCAGUCUGUUAAUCUUCCUCUCAUUCAGUAUUGCCUGAAGACACUGAUUCCAAGUUUCUCCUACCUUCUUGGGGUUAAUUGAUGUACAUUUGUUAAUUUUUAUCAUAUAAGAUAUCUUCUCUGGUGCCAUUAUUUUAGUAUUUGAGAAGUUGUUAUUCUACUAUUUGGAAAGCUCUCUAAAGCACAAUUGAAAAAAAAAGAGUAAAAGUAAAUUGGCAAAUGCUUGGCAUUUGUAAAGUUCAUUGUAGGUACAGUGGUGCCUCGCAAGACGAAAUUAAUCCGUUCCGCGAGAGUCUUCGUCUAGCGGUUUUUUCGUCUUGCGAAGCAAGCCCAUUGACGGAUUAGCGCUAUUAGCGCUAUUAGCGGUUUAGCGGCUAUUAAAGGCUUAAAGGUUUAGGGGAUUAGCUGCUAAAAGGCUAUUAAAGGCUAUUAAAGGUUUAGCAGAUUAGAUAAAGGGGGGGGAAAGCGAAAAAAAAAUCUCAAGACUCGCAAGAUAUUUUCGUCUUGCGAAGCAAGCCCAUAGGGGAAUUCGUCCUGCGAAGCAACUUCAAAACGGAAAACCCUUUCGUCUAGCGGUUUUUCCGUCUUGCGAGGCAUUCGUCUUGCGGGGCACCACUGUAGUAAGAAAAUAGGGACCCCAGUCAUGUAAACUAUCUGGAGUUUUGUAAAGUCUCCACUAGGGGGUGCUCGAUUGCUACUUUUCCAGAAAUCACUAUCUAGAAUGAGGAAGAGGGGAGCAUUGAGGACCACAUUCUCUCUUGGCCAAUCAUCUGGGACUGCAUGCCAGUGGUGGGUGGGGCCAAAACAAGAGUUAGCUUGGCCAGAAUUCAUAUUGCAUGUACCCCCCGCACCAUUGCAUAUAUUAUAUGCAUACAGCGUGACUCAUCAGCACAUACCACAUAAAGGCCAGCUUCUAUUUAGCCUGUCCAAAAACAAUUGGGCUUGGGAAAAAUCAUUUUAGCUUUAUGCCUAAUUUCUUGGGGUGAUAUUAAUGGGGAUUGCAGCUGCGGUUUGUAGGGUUAACACCCCCCCCCCCGAAGCUGCACUCUCCAUGAAUAUUGUGUCCUCCCCCAGCAACUAAGAUUAAAAACAACAUUAACCAACUGGUUUCAUUUGAUUGGAAUUGAUUGGAUUUCAUUUCAUUGGAACCUAUUGAAGUGGUUUUUUUCAGCCUAACCAUGGUGUGUGUUGGGCUGUGUGUGUGUGUGUCACAGUAUAUGUGGAGCAUGCAAGUUUAGAAGAUCCUGCCUUUAUUGAGACUGCUUGUUUCCCAUUGAAUGGUAUAGUUUAAUGUAAAUAAUCAAAUACCCUACAUUGUAAGUACAAAAACCUACUUAAACAGUAUGUGGGGUUUAAAUGAUUCCUCAGUUCCUUAAAUAGACAAAAACACAUUGUACAAGUAACAUAGAUAUAAAGUUUAACAGUUGUGCAAGUAAAACAAUGCAAUAAUCAGGAGUUGUGAAUUGUUGGUAAAAACGAUGAUGAUCAUCAUAGACCAUACAACUGUAACAUGCUGUAAAGAGCCUGUGAAUACUCAUCAUAUUUCACAAUCACAUGAGUAGGGCAGGCAAUAACGGAGCACUAAAUUUUGUUUAAUGCUGUUGGUGUGCGUGUGACACAGAUGGUCUGUGUUGAUUCUUUCUCCAUACACCAUCUUGAUCAGUGUUGUGGAGUGGAAAGGGAUUUCUCCCUGUGAUGGGUGGCUACUGGGUCCUUCUGUGUGUGCUCCAUAGGAUGUUGCACCUUAGGAUGUUUAUGGAAUAAAGUCACUAGAUUUUUUUACAUGGAUCUUCUUUCAUGUAAUGAUUGUUCAGUGAAGCCUAGGCCAGUAUUGAGGGAGAGUGUUGGUGGGAAGGGAAAAGGCAGGAAGAGGAACCUUCUUUCCUCAUUGGCCAUAUCCCCAACCAGUGUGAUUAGUUUUGAGACAUCACUUGUUUGCCAAGAUAAGCAAAAUUUUCUUUAAAACCACCACAAAUUAUGUUCCUAAUGGUUUGCCUAUUUUGAUAUUUGAAUAUCUUGUUACACAGUCCAACUGGAAGCAAAUUUUAAGGAAAUGGAAAAUCAUUUACUUUAUCUUGAAGACCUCUGUGGACAGUGUGAAUUGGAAAGAUACAAGCAUAUGCAAGUACUACAGCUUGAAAAUUACAAAAAGACUAAACGGUGAGUUUAUUAUGAUUUUAAAGACUUAUUUUUGAUAUUAUUGACUGUGAAUUCCUUCUUUCUGUGCAAAUAUAUGUUCAUCUUAAAUAUCUUCUUGUUUGAGAAUGGAAAUUUGUGCUAGAAAAAGUUUCACUUUGGGUAUUUUAGGCCUUCAGUCUUCUACUAAUUGCAGUGACUUGAUCUGCCUUAUUAGUCAUCUUCUGUCAACAUUGCUCUGAUUCAUAGUAAAGGGCAUUGCAUAGUAAUUUCUUUGGUACAGAUGAAAAAAUAAAUGCUUCUAGCAAUGGCAGGGACCAGCUAUUUCUGGGUGAGCUAAAUGAUAAAUUGGUUCAUCAAGUUGUCACUCACCUCUUGGGAGAAAAGGUAGUGUCUGGUUUGCUGCUGACAAGGAUAAGAUAAAUGGUGUUAGGAAUAAACUUGGAGCAAGUGAUCAUGACUUAGUCUGGUUUGAUUUAAUUAGCAGGCCAGUUGGAUUUAGAAUUGCAGACAAGCUAUUUGAUUUCUAAAGGACAUAUUUUGACAUACUCUGGAGACACAUUAGUGAGGUGAUUUGCAUCGUAGGGCUUAUACCCUUGAAGAAAAGAGCUGGAAUUAUGCAUUAAAUUUACACCAAGUAAGAUGGUGAACUCUUUUGGAGGAAAAAUCUAAAGAUGCAACCAGAUGAACAAAAUUGGAGGAUAACAGAGUGAAAAAUUACUUAUACAGUGGUACCUCGGUUUACAAACUUAUUCCGUUCUGGAAGUCCAUUCUUAAACCGAAACAGUUCUUAAACCGAGGCGCGCUUUCCCUAAUGAGGCCUCCCACCACCAGUGCCCUUCCACCGUUCGGAUUCCGUUCUUAGACCAAGGUAAAGUUCGCAAACUGGGAUACUACUUCCGGUUUUUGUGGAGUUUGUAAACCAAGUAGUUCAUAAACAGGGCUGUUCUUAAACCGAGGUACUGCUGUACAGAACAAGGAAGGCCUUUUAUUGUCAAAGACUUACCAACCAAUUUCUGUUCUAAUAAUUUGAGAGAGAACUCAAUUAAUACAUUAUUGUCAGAAUACAUUAUGGUCAGAAUGUUAUUAACAACUGCCAUUCAAGAAAGAACAUAGUAUACACAAAUCGUCCCUUUUAGAAUGUUUCUUGAGAUGCUUGUAUUAUAACAGAGGAAGAUGUAGUUGCUUUCUAUCCCACAUUGCAGCACCUAUUCAGAUACCAGACAAAAGAGGCUUUUUUCUAAGAUGACUCACCUACCCAGUUCAGGUGUAACAUUCUCAACUCAACAAACUCUAGUUUCCCCUUCUAGCAGGGAUAAAUUCACAGGCUACCACCUCCUUAUGCACCAUCUGUAAGAAAACCUCAUGGUUUGUUAAACCACAGUUUCCCUAUAAAGUCUACACUAGGGAACUGAUAUAAGCAUUCCCUACAGUCCAAAGUCUGCCAAGUACUGCAUACGAACCAUGAUCAAUCCUAGUUGGUACGGUGUGCUUAAAUCACAGUUUUCAGGUUUGAACAUUGCAGGGAAACUGUAGUUUCACCAUUUCCAGAGGGGUAUGCAUGUUAGUCUGUUGCAGCAAAAACCAAAGAGAAUUUUGUGCUAUUCCAUGCACCUGAUGAAGUGGUGUACAAAAAGUUAUGCCAUAAUAAAUUUGAGGUGGCAUAACUGAUUAAAAUUUGUCCUUGUUAAUCAGCAGGCUGUGGGCAUGAGGAGAGCCCAUCCCUCUACUCAGGAGAAUGUAUGUUAUUUAAAGAAAUUGAAAGGUAGCAGCACCAGUUUAGGGUGACUGAGCAGGAGUAUAUAAUCCUUAUCUGGUGUUCAUUAUCCAUGUGAGUUACCCAAAGGAGAGAAGCUAUCCUUACCUGAAGUGCUCAAGGCAAGGAGAAAGUAAGUGUCCUUGAAGCCACACAUGAGUUCAAGGGACCUAAUUCCCCGCCUAAGAGUGAUUUAUAUUGGACUUUCAUCCAACCUUCACCACAAUACUAUGAUUAGGUUGAGAGAUACUUAAUGCAUUUCCUUUGUGAAUAAUCAGGGUUUAGAACCUGAGUCCCCCUAAAUCCAAACCACCUAUCACUGUUCCUCUGUCCUGUUAUAUUAACUGUACAUGUGAAACAAAAGAAUUUAAAUAUAUCACAUAGCUAAAUUCAUUUCAAUAUUCAUUUCUGACUUGAACCUUUUUUCCUUGCUUAAAAAACUACCAUUCCCUUGAAGAUGACAUUCGCUAAUGCCAGCUGUGCCUAUUGGCAACAUUCAUGAUUUGACAUUGCUCCAGAGUCAAUAUAUGCUAGUUUUCAGUGUUGCACUAAAUAUAGGAAUUCCAGCUUGUUGAAAGACACAGCCUUGUUUUUUUUAUAUAAUCUAAUUGCCAGUAACUCCUUUGAGAUUUUUCUUGAAAGAAUGGGUGCUCCUCAGAUUACUUCUGUCAAAGAAUGUUGUAUGUUAUAUAUUGACUUGAAGCAGGCUGGAAUUAUUUACAAUUAAUCAGAAAGGGUGCACUGGAAAAGGUUUACCUUAUUAUGUAGAAAUGAGCACUGUGCCACUGUGCCCUUGAUUAAGCAUUGCUCAUAUUGAUCUUGGUUUGAAUAAAAGCAUUUCUUUGGUAGAUGUUUGUAGAAAUCAGCACCCUUAUAGACUAUUGCUUUUCCAUCUCUCUGAAUGUAGCCAUCCAGGUACACUUGGCUCCAAGAUAGUGUGUAUUUUGCCGUUCUUUAUAUCAUAGAACUUCAUCUUUCCCUCAAGCAAUUUCUGUUACAGUUUUAUCAUGCAUACAAUUUUCUACAAGUAAUAAAUGCUAAAAUGUAGAAUUACACUAAAUCCUUCAACUCUGAAGUUCAUUUAGAGUAGUCUUUAUACUUAUUUUAUUAAUAUGAUUGGAUAUAUGACUUCUGUUGUCUCCGAAUUAAUAAUGCCAAUAAUUGAAAGCACUUUUUAGAACUUGAUAAACAUACUUAAACUAUUUCAAAUUACUUGCUUUUAAGUUCUUGCACAGAUUAAUUGGUUAUCCUGUUCGUUCAAAGCUGUUUUUGCAGUCAGUGGGAAUAAAAUAUAUCAACUAUUGAUUGACUUGAGAUGAAUUUAUUGUGUAUAAUAAUGCUGUUUUACACACCCUGAUUAUGAAAAGCAGUCUUACAUACUGAACAUACAGUCAUAUCUUGGGAUGAAUACGCUUUGGGUUAGGCAUUUUCGGGUUGUGCUCCGCAGCGACCCGGAAGUAACGGAGCGCAUUACUUCUGGGUUUUGCCGCACGCGCAUGCGCAGACCGUCAAAAUGACGUCAUGCGCAUGCGCAGAAGCUCCGAAACGUGACGCGCGGACACGGGUUAUGUUUGCUUCGGGAUGCGAACGGGGCUCCGGAACAGAUCCUGUUUGCAUCCCGAGGUACCACUGUACUUAUAAAAAUCACACAACCUUACAUUCUUUUCUUGUUGCUGACAAAACAUUUUGUGCAGCUAAGCUUGUGAUCAUGCAUUUUGUUUUGUUUCCCUCCCCCCCUUUUACAGGAAAGAACUUGAGAUCUUCAAAGGUAAUUCAAAUUCUCCCCCCCCCCCGGACAACUUUUACAAAAUCAAAUGUAACAAAAGAUAUCUAUUUCACUUUUGUUUCUGUAUUGCACUGCUUAACUUCUGGCAGACCAGUUCUGCAGAUCAGCUUUAGCUACCAUAAUGCAAACAAGCGUCUUACUCCUGGCUAUGUAUGUUUCUUGUUGAAGUAAAUAAGUAAUGCUCUGUUGUGCCGAUAUGCUGGUAGUGAAGUUAAUAAACAGUGAGCCUACAGUUUGAACUCCUUGACUGAGUGAAAAGGGGAGGCUGGAAAGGGAUAUAGGAGGUGUGUACAGACUUUUCAUCCUCCUAACUGGCCUGAGAUGUUGAAUGCUGUUAAGCAUAUGUUGCAUGUGAGCAUUGUGCCUAUGGUGGAUGACUGCUAGUCCAUAGUGUGGCAUUGUGUUUCCUGCUGUUGUGGGCACUUAUGAUGCACACCUUGUUGAGACAAAAUGUGUGAGGCACAAAGUAUUAAUCUGCCAUUUUAAAAAUUGUUAGCAAUUGCUAAAUGUGUGAUUUUGCUUAGCUAAGUGAGUGAUUUUAUUAUUGCAUAACACAGUCAAUUAACUUCAACAGAUAACAAGUGGCACGUUAUAUAAAAUGCCACAUUGUUUUAGCUUGGUAUUGAAAAUGUCUUGUUUGUCAUGACAGCUUUAAACUCAGGCUCCAUUAGUAGAUGGCCAAAGAGUAGGUAAAUGUAAUUCUGUGCUAUUAUUAAUUCUUGCAUUAUAGAGUGAACAAUAUAAACUAUGUUUAAAAAAAAAUCUUUUAGGUUUGAGUUUUGAAAGUCAGUGGCAUAUAUCAUAGCUGUCUUCUUUUGCAUAGAAUUUAGCGUGUUUAUAUAUUCAACCUGCCCUCUGAUCUAGUGCUGCAGCUAAAUGUCAGGUCUGUCCUUUGGGGGCUGACCAGACAUGUAUUAUUGAGAACUGGAUGGACAGGCUGAAUGGAAUUGAUCCAGCUCAGCUCUUUCUACCUGGGUACCCAAUUCAGCCUCAGUUGGAGGCUUAGUCAGCGUGUGUGUCACAAGAAUCCACAGUGAGUCUAUCUUUCUUGUGAGGAGACACAUCCAUUCUGCUAAGGGUUAUGUGGGUCUGUACCUCACAUUGAACUAUAGAGAGAUAAUAGGGAUACUGUUGCAGUACCAUCCAUCCUGCUGCCUAGAAUUCACUCCUGACCCAAGGUAGUCUUGGAGUUAGUGCUGGAGGAUCCCAGGACUGAGUAUUGAAAUUCAUUUUGUUAGUUUGAGUCCAUUUCUUUAAUUUGUUAAGCACACAUUCAAUCCUGAUUCUAUUUCUGAGGCAUUAGCUACCCCCCAGGAAUCCAAUAUGGGUACGCCUUUCAGAUAUCCUCAUAUCUUGGGAACCUGUCUGUACCAACCUAUCAGCGUUUAUUUACCAAAGCCAGACUAAAUGUAUUUCUAUCGGAAGUGCUAAAUGGUAGACUGAGAAGCAUCCCUUAUCAGAAUAGGCUUUAUGUUCUCAGGACGUCGAUUGUAUGAAGCAUAUCUUACUGCAUUGUGGGCAGUACAAGCAAGCAAGGGACCAACUGAUUAAACCCCUACUAGCAAAUUUGCCAGGAAAAUCGGAAGCCUCCCAUAUUAAAUAUAUUUUGGAUGACAGGUCUAAUGAUAUUACACUGGCUGUGGCAAAGUUUCUUUUAGAAGUUAUAAGAAACAAAGAUUAUCAUGCUUAAGACAAAACAAAAUGACCGCCUCGGUUUCUCUUUCUUGUGUGGCUGGCUAUCUUAACUGUAUUUUGUUCUGAAAUUACUCUAUGGGUCUUUGGACUGCAAUAAAGAUUCUCUCAACAACCCCUCACAGCUUGGUGCCAUCUGCAGAUUUCCUCUAUUCAUUUGAGUCAUUGAUAAAGAUGUUGUAACAACCACUGGGCACAGGUCAGAACCCUGCAGCACCUCACUUGUCCCCUUUUUUUCCAGGGUGACGGAGAAUCAUUGGUGAGCAGUCUUGUAUUCAGUCAGUCUACCAGCUACAAAUUCACCUAGCAGUAACAUUGUCUAGCCCACAUUUUACCAGCUCCUACAAAAGAAUAUCUUGGGGGACUUUGUUGAAAGCCUUACUUGAAAUCAAUAUGCUUUACUUCCACAGCAUUCUCCUAAUCCAUCAAGCAAGUAACUCUAUACAAACAAAAAAGGAAUAAGAUUAGUCUGGAAUGACUUUUUUUUGGGUAAACCCAUGCUUGCUGUUAGUAAUCACAGCAUCCUUUUCUAAGUGCUCCUAGGCUGACUGUUUAAUUAUCUGUCCUAGGACCUGGUAUGUUUUCCAUUUGAUUUCAAGGUGUUAGUGAUGGCAUCAAAGUUCUAAAGAACUUCGAACCUUGAUGCUUCCUGGAGUGUGCUCUCUUUAUACCCUUCAGCCUAGAGAGGUCUAUUGGGAAUGAGGUCUUUUUUCUGCAUCCCACCUCUGAAAGCUGGGCAUUAUAUGGAGUUGUGGGAGAUGGCCUAUUUGUUAUGACACCCCAGUUGUGGAAUUCCCCCGCCCCCUUGGAGGCCUGAUUGGCACUGCGAUUAGUUUCAUUUUGGCACCAAGUUAAGACUUGGCUAUUCACUCAAGUAUUUGGGGGCCAUUAGCUGCAACUCUGUUUGAGCUGUUUGCAUAAAAUUUAAUUGUCAGCAACAAAAAUCAGUACAGAGUACAGUCAUACUUCGGAAGUUGAACGCCUUGUGACUUGACCGUUUUGGCUCCUGAACACCAGAAACCCGGAAGUGAGUGUUCCGGUUUGCGAACGUUCUUUGGAACCCGAACGUCCAGUGUGUGUUCCGUGGCUUCUGGUUGGCUGCAGGAGUUUCCUGCAGCCAAUGGGAAGGUGCGCCUUGGUUUCCAUAUGUUCUGGAAGUCGAACGACCUUCUGGAAUGGAUUCCAUUCGGCUUCUGAGGUACGACUGCUCAGUGCCUUGCAUCUCUUCUGGGAUGUCCUGGUUGCUGUCUGAAUGUACCAGUCCCUGACAAGAGGAGAAUGGCGUCACUGGCAUAUGUUAAAACUCAAUAUAGAAAUUGGAGGAACUGGUUGCUUUCGAUAUUCCAAGGAUUAAUUUAUAUUUAAUUUAUAUUUACGACUAUUGAUUUUUGUCGUUUAUGUUAUUUUAUGGAUUAUAACUUGCUCUUUGAUCAUUUGAUAUAGAAAGGGUUAGCAAUUAAAGUUAAUAUUAAUAAAGUUGUAGAACUGUGUGUAUUUGGGCAGCUCUGCUGUAAACUACAAUGAUGAUGAAUAGUAAAUAUAUAUUUCUGACUUCCCAGUUUCAUAUAAUAGUUAAUUUUAUUUCUCCCGUGAAGCAAUUAUUGUAAUUAUUGAAAAACUAAUUUUGACUGCCAUAAAAUGUCAGUGAUUUCCAAAUGUAUGUAUUCAAGUGGACACUUCCAUUUCAGCUGUAAGGCAUACUUGAUUAUUUCUUUGUUCUAAAUUGCAAUAUGAGUUUCAGCUACAGAUAUUUUUAGUAGAAUAGGCAAUGCCAGCUGAAAUCUGCCUCCCCCCCUUCAGAUCUUUUGAAAAAAAUUGUAAUAAAGUUUUCAAUACUUUCUAACAGUUUCAUGUGGAGAUGAGAACUGGUCUUGAAAUAUGUCUUAAAUAGUGAUGUGAUCCAGAUUGUCUAUGAGGGAGUAGAUGUAUCUGAGAAGUCCUAACCAUUUUCUAUGAAUCCUGGAUCUAAUUAAAGGUUUUAUUUGCAACAUGGCUGCCACUCAUCCCCCCCCCCCCCAUUGAAAGUACAAUACUGGCAGGGAAAGUACAUGAUGCUGUAUUUGUUUGUGUUACUGAUACUGCACAGGGAUAAACAUCACUAGACUAGAUUGAGGGUGUUAACCAUGCUGCAAAUAUAUUGGCUGCAUUUGCAUGUCACUGUAAGCCAUAAAUCAUUGGCUUACUGUACGUUAGUGAAUUGUACAUGCUUCUCUUUUUUCUAUUCAUGCUGGAAGGGAACAAAUUAUUAUCUCUGACUUAGUGUUAGAUCUGAACCAAGGAUCUUAGUUUGUUGUGCUCCUGACAAACCAUGAUCUGUAGCGCAGCUAUGUUCUUGGCUUAUUGAUCCUGGUUGGAGCAAAACAAACCACAAUCAGUUUUACUGAUUAAAAUUGCCACCUGCUGAUUAAUAAACUAAAAUGUUAAUUAAAACUCUCAGUAAAAGCUUGUGGUAAGAGGAAACACUUGAUGAUGAUGAUAAUGGUGAUGAUAAUAAUUUAUUAUUUCUACCCUGCCCAUCGGGCUGGGUUUCCCCACCCACACUGGACAGAUUUAAACAACAUUAAAAACAGAAUAAAACUUCAACCAUUAAAAACUUCCCUAAACAGGAAGGGCUGCCUUCAGAUAUCUUCGAAAAGUCGGAUAGUUGUUUAUUUCUCUGACAUCUGAUGGGAGGGCGUUCCACAGGGCAGGUGUCACUGCUGAGAAGGUCCUCUGCCUGGUUCCCUGUAACCUCACUUCUCACAGAGAGGGAACCGCCAGAAGGCCCUCAGUGCUGGACCUCAGUGUUAGGGCUGAACGAUGGGGGUGGAGACGCUCCUUCAGGUAUACUGGGUUGAGGCUGUUUAGUGCUUUAAAGGUUAGCAUCAGCGCUUUGAAUUGUGCUCUGAAACAUACUGGGAGCUAAUGUAGGUCUUUCAGGACCAGUGUUAUAUGGUCUCAGUGGCUAUAAGAUCCGAUAUAAUUGCCUUGAGAUAUAUAUGAAUUGAUUAGUUCUGUUUUAUAUCCUCCAUUUCUAGUGACAUGAGCCUUCAACUGUACUUCUAGUGGUUUUUUUUCUAGGUUGGUGGUGGGAGGUAGGGAUAUCUUGGAUAAUUUUAAUGACAAUUUUAAUGUUAACCUCUUUCUGAACUUUGCAAGUUAUAUACUGUAUGGCAGGGAUUCAGCAAGUGAGACACAUCAGUAGAAGCUUGAACAAGAACUUUGUGUCUUGCACAAUGAAGCUUCCCCCUUGCCCUCUUUGCCCCUUGAAAUUGUUUUGGGGUGGGGAGUUGGGAGAACUCCUAGAAUGAUGGGGGGGGGGGAGGAGUGCUAUUCCAUAUGGCAAGUAGAAAUGCAUGCCCUGACAGAACGAUUGGCAUAGCAUGAUGUUGAAUUAUUCUGUAUGUCUUUACUGAGAUACGCAGUGUAUUCCUUACUGUUGCCUGUUGAGCAGAUGAUGACGAGUGAGGGUAUGCAGGUGAUGUUUCUGUUAAUGAAACUAGCUUCAAAUUGCAGCCUUAAAAUAGUGCAAAAAGAGGGAACAUAAUGCUCCUGUGUAAACGUAUGAUGCUCCCACAAUUAGAAUCAUAGACCACAAGGGCCAUCGAGUCCAACCCCCUGCCAAGCAGGAAACACCAUCAGAGCACUCCUGACAUAUGGUUGUCUCAAGCCUCUGCUUAAAGACCUUUUUUACAAUGUUGCAUGUAUGAUACUGGGUAGCUCAGAAUGUACAACUGAAUAAGGUAUAAAAAGAGCAGUUAAAAUAUGGGAGAGAACACUUUGCACCCCCUCUUUUUUCUCCCACUGUGCACAAACAGGUUUAACUGUAUGCUUGCAUUUAAAUCAAGUUUUUUGCUUUUUGCUUGAGAAAGCAUUUCUAAAUUGUGAAAACUCACAUUGUUGAGAUUAUCAGGCAGAGGAAUGUUAAUGAGUAUUUGGCUUAACAGAGCAAAUCAUAAUAAGCUGUGAUUGAAUAAUUUGUGUGAUGUGUGUAUCGCACAUUAGCACAGUGUUUUCAAGUUCAGACUCUCUCUCUCUCUGUGUAUAUGCACGUGUGUGUGCACACCACACACAUGCAAAAGGGGGAAAAUUCAUUUCUAGCAAGACUAGUACAUAAUCUGUUCUGAAGGGUUAUUAAACACAAUCAUAAUUGGUAAUUUUGGGAGGGGAGAGCCAAAUAAACUGUUCCUAUUUAAACUGAAAUCUGUUCAUCAGUGGCUUAAUUGAAUAAUGUAUUGCAUUUUGUUAGACAAUCAAGUAUUAGCUGUUAGUGUAUUCCUAAUGACCACUUACUACCCCUUUUUCAAACGGCAUGUGGUAGCUCCCAGAUAUAGGCAUGCAUUCUGGAAUACCACAUCUCCUGACAGCUUAUGUUCAGUUUAUGGAGCAACAGUGGAAGAAUUUCUCCUUGUUUGUUUCAGUUUUAUGUGAAUGACCAAUUGAUGUGGUCUGUCCUAUGUAGUUCUCGAGUGGGGGAAUGAAUGUGUAGUAUCAUUCUUUUACGACGGGAAAGAUGUACAUCACUAGAGCUGCUUAGUAAUUGGAGGUUUCACUUGAUCAGCACUGUGCUUCUGUUUACUUGCCUGUUUCUCUCUGCCAUGUCUUCUCCAGGAACCACUGAGAAUAAUCGGAAGAAUUCUUGUAGGUGAAAGUUUAUUAAUGGUUUUCAUCUUUAAAGCUCUUAUUGUAUUAAAAUGCCAGUUAAAGUAAUUUGUAAGCUAUUUUUUGAGCUUUUGUUUUGCUUGACUUGUACUGUGUAUUCUGAUAGUGGAAUAGCUAGAGAUCUUAUUUAUGUAGCUGAGAAGAUUAAAUGAAAAAAAAAUAUCCCUGCAUAUUUAUAGCAGGCAUUGUUAUUCCUUUGCCUUGAUUAUAAAAUGAAAUUUUGCAGGCAUGAAUCUAAGCUGAUGAUGAUCUAGGUCUGUAAUUAUGUAAGAGUUCAUAGAAAUGUACAUUGCCAGGCAUUGGAUAAAAUUUGCCUAGUACACACUUCUUUCUUUAAAAAAGAAAUCAUUAAAAUUAAAUAUGAUAUUAGAGAACAGUAGUCAGGAAUCCAUUUCUGUUGAAUCAUUUCUGUAAUGUUGGCUGCUGGCAUCCUUUAGUACAAGCAUGUUUUAACAUGAAGCAGGUUGUUUCAUAUUUGGUAGAUUGGAGAAAAAGAGUGGUAUAAGAGUGGUAUACCAAUCCAGAACCUUUUUUUCUGCUAGUAAUGUUUAAAUGAGAGGUUGGUUUCUGAUGUGUUCCUUUUUGCUUUUAAAGCAGUCAUUGCAAAGCCAUGUUUUUAAAAGAGCAUUUCCCCACAUAUGUGAAGAAUGAAACAAUCAAAAUCACUUUUAAUUUUUUUUAAGUUUUGACUAAAAAUGUCAUAUGAAAGAUGCAGUUUUGAUUUUUUAAUGUUUCAAAUACAUAGUCUACCCAUGAUUAAACUAUAUGCUUGCUAUAAGAUAUAUGCUUGGUAUAAAUCCUAGUGUAGAAUAUGUUUUCAUGCAGUUGGGCAAUGUUUCCAGAUUAGUGUUAUCAAAAAAAUGUUAUUACUUUACUCUAUUUCCACUAUUAAAAAUAAAUAAAUGAUGUACUAAUUCAAAAAUGGCAGAAAUUGUUAUCCAAAGUGAGAAUUCCAUUUUACAGUUCUUGCUUUUUUAAAAAAGGCAUAAACUCACAUUUCUGCAAGUUGGCACUCAGAAUUUUGUGUGUUAUUCUUUAUAGUCUUCACUCUUCUUGCGGUGUCUUUUCGUUGCUUUGUUUUGUCCUGUGUUACAUGUUAGCAUGUUUGUGUGUGUGUGUGUGUGUGUGUGUGUGUGUGUGUUUUAGUUAAGCCAACACUGAAGCCUCUCUGAAGUCUAAAAGAGCCUUUUCCAGUACUGAGUUCUCAGGUGUUGUUCCCCACUACCAUGGGGAAACUGUUCCAGUGACAAUGCCCACAUGCUUCCCCUGUCUAGGGUUUGUUUUGGAGGCCCAAGGUAGAGCUUCACAUAGUCAUUCUGUUGUGAGCUGGCCUCCCCUGCACUUGUACAGACAUUGACAAUUAAUGUAUGAGAGGAGCACAACCCCAGUUGCAUCCCCAUCAGCUCCAGGCACAGCAUGCAAUGACCCUGCUUCUGCCAGUCUGUAGGCAUACCUACAGGCCAGGGGUUCAAAUCCCUUUGUGUCGUACACCUACUAUUGUAUGAGCACAACAUACAGUCUCAAUGGAAGAAGGAAAGCCUGCACAGUAUGUUACCAUCAUAGCUAUAUGGGCAGAGAGUACAUGCAGCCCUACUGGGACAAAGGUUCAAUAUCAUCUGGUGACACAAAGACUCUUGCCCCACAGCCCAGGGGUCAGCACAUGCAGCAAAAGGCAUUGACAGCAUCAACCUCCAGAGGCUCACUGUAUACAAUACUGGACUGGGAAGCAGGACGUGGCAGUUUCAGGUCCACCAGAAAAAAGGGCAAAUGUACCCCCCCCCUUUUGUAUGCCUGGUUAAAGUCAUGUCAGGCAAAAGAGAAUGUGAUUUCAGGACUUGGAAGUCAUGCUGCAAACAUCAUGGAGCAGUGCCUGAAACUAUAUACUAUAACAGCUGACAACAAUCAAGCACAUAAUGAGCCAUUUGUCUUCUCUUCUGCCAACCUCAACACCUGCAUAGAUGCCAGAAUGCAGAAGGAAUCCUAGCUGGGUGGAACAGCUCACAUUUUACAUGCAAGGGACCCAAGUUUCAAUCUGAGUAUUACUCCAUACCAGGCACACCUGAGCUAAUCAGAAGAGUGCUGCAUGGUACCAAUAACUCAGCCUGUGUAUGGGCCAACAGUCCUUUCAUUUGCCUCACUCCUGGCAACCUAUGUGAUCAGUCCAUUACAUACCCUGCUAUUUUGCCUGAUAGGUUGGUUCUGCUGGAUAGUACCGUGCAGGGCUCACUGCCUGCUUUUAUUUUCAUUCCCUGCUGUACAUCCUAAGAGGCAUUCUAACCUCAUGGUAAAGGAUCCUUGACUGAACAGGUGUGAAGGGCCACUCCUAAACCCUUCAAGCUCUCAGCCUCUGUGAUUUCCAUCCUGAGGCCAGCUGAAGCCAAAUCAUGCUAGAGUGUGGAAAAGCAAUCCUUAUCUAUCAAUCUCUGGGAAUAAGGAAACAACACAUGUGGCAGUUAUAGCCCUGAUUGAUCAGCAUCUGGGGUGGGGUAGAACUCAGUAAAUCCUGCAAGGGAAAGGGAAAGGUUGGAAUUGCCAAGAUGCCACUCCAGCAGGGUACUUGUCCUGUUCUUUGCACCAGCCAUACCUGCUUCAUGUUAGGAGUAUCUUCACUUGUUGCAAAACUGUCUGCCAUGGAGCUUACAGUGGUAGCUGCGGAACAGUCAGCCUGAGGAGACCAAGGGUAAUGAGUAGUAGGCAGCAGCUGGAUUACAGCUGAAUCUGGAUGCAGAAUAGGUAGAAAGGCAGAAAGAGACAAGGGAGAGUGGUACCACCCAAGUGCUCAUGUGUUCUUCCUGCAGUGACUGUGAGUACACACCCCUUUUUCAUCCUUGGGGGCUGCAGUGGAAGUCUGAGUGUGAUCUUGCAAUGCAUUAGGGAUAAUGGGGUUCAAUAGCAGUAGUUGAAUUUGAGUGCUUGGCCUUUGCUAAUAGCUUACCUGCAAUGUUGGGUAUGAGUGCUUCACCUUAAUGUGGAAAGUAUUACUUUCUGCUGUAAGUACAUUUUACUGUUAACAGCAAUGCGGUUCAGGGAAGACACAGUGUUUGUGUAUGGCUGAUUUAGGGAUGGGAGACAAGGGAAGCAUUUGGAACAAUUCUGCAUUGUGUCAUGGUUGCCCCUGAUCUCAUGCUUACCUAUAUGGGGUGCUCCAUCCUGGCACCCUCAUUGUUGGAGUGAGGUUUGCUGUUGGAUAUUUGUAUCUGGAUUCUAAAGAUAAUAUACCUGUUAGGGUUCUAGUCAGAGAAGCAAUACACUGUUUUCUAUGAGUAAUUUGGAGACAGUGACCUUUGCUAGAAUUAGUCCUUGCAAGCUCUAAGUGUGUAUGGUGUGGGACCAGAGAAAUGUAGCAGCAUGUAGAAUGCCCUGUUACCUUGAGUUGUGGUCUCCCUGCGUGUGGUUAAUAUAUUGGUGAUGAUAUGCUGUGGUUUGGCAUUGAGUUACACCAUAUGUUACGAGAUGCAGGUGGGCUUGUGGAUCGUGAGGUCAGCAGUUGGAAUCUGUGUGAUAGGGUGAGCUCUCGUUGCUUUUUCCUAGCUCCUGCCAACCUAGCAUACCUGUGUGAGUAGAUAAUAAUAAUUUAAUAAUAAUAAUUUAUUAUUUGUACCCCGCCCAUCUGGCUGGGUUUCCCCAGCCACUCGGGGCGGCUUCCAACAAAGAUUAAAAAUACAUUAAAAUGUCACGCAUUAAAAACUUCCCUGAUAAAUAGGUACUGCUACAGCAGGAAGGUAAAUGAUGCUUCCGUGUGCUCUGUCUUCUGUCGCAGUGUCCUGUGCGCCAGAAGUGGUUUAGUCAAGCUGGCCACAUGACCCAGAAAGCUGUCUGCAGACAAAUGGUGCCUCCCUUGGCUUGAAAGCAGAAAUGAGCACCACACCCCAUAGUCGAUUUUGACUGGACUUAACCAUCUGGGGUCCUUUGCCGUUAUACCAUAUGUUACACUCUGUUGUGGCAACGUGGGUAGGGUGGUUAUCAAUAGAGAGGCAGCAAUUUUUAACAACAUGGCCCCAUUGAAGUCAGUGAGAGAAAUUUCUUGGCACUUGGUCUGGGGCUGAUAUGACGUUCCACUGUUGAUAAGCAUUGCCCGUAACUUGAAGACGUAUAUAGGAUACAGCAUGUGUUCGGCUUUAGAUAUUAUACUGGCGGAAGAUGCCAGAUAAAUGGGUGAAUCUGUCAUGGCAGUAUCAUACCUGGUUUUCUACCAAUAUAGCAAGUCUUCUGCUGAAUCUUAUAGAUCCUUAACUAGCAAAUUUUCAGAAUAAGAUUGUACCAUGAUGUAUGGCUAAAUAAUGGAACAAAAUACAUUUGUUGUUGUCAAUUGCUCCAUUGGGAAAGCACCUGAGUGGUGAUGGUGGUGAAUAAUCUGAAAGAGAUUGGCAGCACAGAUAUCACAGUGAAGGUUUCGUUCCAGCACAUAUUUGUACUGAAAAUCAGUCUUCAUACAUUUAGAUGUUCUUAUAAAAAGCUGACUUAUUACUUGAGCUAGCCAGACAAUAUUCUACCACUUGAGUUGUUUAUGCUAAUCUUCAUGAGUGAUCAUCAUCCAUACUCUCAUGCAACAAUAUAGAUGACAGUGUGGUUUUAAACAAUAAAUUAAGCAGUCAAGUUUGAGUGUUCAGAGUGCUUGGUAACAAUAAUAUAAAUGAACUUAAGAGGUUUUUACAACUAACUUUGAAUUCUUAGUUUGGUUUUGAAGUGCUUAGUGGAUAGCUGACUGAAGGUAGGAAGAAACUAAGAGUGAACACAUUUGGGGAGGGUUCAGGGGGGCAUGUGAACUGGGGAGGAAAGUCCUAUUGCUCUAGCAGGACUUACCGUAUUUUUCGUCCCAUAGGACGCUCCGUCCCAUAGGACGCACCUAGUUUUUUUGGGGGGGAAAUAAAGGAAAAAAAUUUCCCCUUUAUUCCCCCCCCAAAACCAGGUCAGGGAACAGCGGGAUGGGGCGCUGCGCCUCCCCGCUGCCCCCCGAGCUUGUGGGGCUGGCCGAUGUCUGCCCGGCGCGUGGGGCGCUCUGCUUCAGGGCGCCUUGUGCACCGGGCGGCAGGCUGCUAUCCGCAGGGUGGGGAGCCCUGCAGGAACUCCCGCAGGGCUCCCCACGCUGCGGAUGUCUGCCCGGCGCGCCGGGCGCUCUGCUUAAUAGCUUCCUGAAGCCUGGAGAGCGAGAGGGGUCGGUGCGCACCGACCCCUCUCACUCUCCAAGCUUCAGCAAAAGCCUGUAUUCGCCCCAUAGGACGCACACAGAUUUCCCCUUCAUUUUUGGAGGGGAAAAAGUGCGUCCUAUAGGGCGAAAAAUACGGUAUUUGCUGGCUUCUGCUAGGGCAACAACUUGGUUGAAUCUGGCCCAGAAAGCAGCCUCAGUAGGUCAAAAUCCAAAUUAGACCCUAGUAACAUGGAAGGGCCAUGUUGAUAUCAAUAAGCAAGAUACAAAAUAUGUUACUUUAAAAUGAAAGUUGAUACAGAGAGUCAAGCUCUCUUAGACCUCUGCCCGCAAGUGGUUUAUAGAACAGCUUGUUUCCAUAUGCUUAGAGGCUGCAGAGCUGGAUGAUUAGAGAAUAGAUGGUCAUACAUCAGAGAGAUAAAUAAAGCUGAGUAUUCUGAGUGCUUGGGAUGUGUUCGCAUUAGAACUUUGAUUUUAGUCUAGACUUGGAAAUGCUUAUGUAGAAUCCAUUAUAAAUGGAGGCUGAAAGCUUAAUAUAAAACUUGCUGGAAGAUUUAGCAUGAGGGAUUGUUUCCGACAAUGCAUCUGAAAUAGUGAACAGAUGCAAAUAGCUUUGAAGUAGAAGUGAGUGAUUCGUAACCUGAUAUAGAAAUAAUAAUAAUUAUAAUUUAUACUCUGCCCAUCUGGCUGGGUUUCUCCAGCGACUCUGGGCAGCUCCCAACAGAAUAUGUAAAAAAGCAACAAAACAUCAAACGUUAAAAACUUCCCUAAACAGGGCUGCAAGGAAGUAUUGUAUGGAUCCUGAAUAAAAGUAAAACAUGAGUCAGACUAGAGUUGGUGUUAGAUGAAUGAAAAGGUGUAUGUAAAUAUAUUAUCAAGAGUUAGUCUGACCUAGACACUGGAGGCAUUUUGUCCAAGGAAUUUUGUCCUCAGGGAAUGCCUUGAAUCUGUUAAGCAGUCUAACUCACCAGUCUAAUUCCCUACACCACACCAUGGAUCGAGCUUCUCCCUCUUCCCCUGUAGCCCCCAGGAGCUCAGACAGAGGCAGACCUGGUGUGAGACAGAUAAUGGAUGAGAAAUGCUUGCCUGGCUUCAAGGAAAGCAGAGGUCUACUGAACAGGAGGGGGCUACUCAAUAGGAGGCUUCCCCAAGUGCAUCUGGUAAGUAGGAAGGGGGUGAGUUGGCUGUUCAAUAGCUCACAAUAGAGGUCUCUGGACAGCUUUCCUUCCAGUUCAGUCUAUCUCACUCCUGUUUACCUUGUCUUGACUCCUGAUUGACUAUAGAUAUGAUCAUGCCUGGAACACUCUCAGCUCUGGGAUUGCCAUUUUAAUAGGCCACUGUGCCAUAAUGUUUUGUACAUGCAUGUGCUCAUGUGUAAUCUUCCUACCAGUAGAAAACAAGCACAGUAGGGAGUAUGUUGGACGAAAUGUUUUUCCCUGGUGCUGUUGGGUGGUGUGUUUUUGGUUUUAGAUGGGUUGCCACAUUACUUUAUUAGCAGGGAUGGGAAAUCUUUUCAGCUCAGCAGGUCAGAUUCUUCACUGUCCCCACCCCUGCAGACAAACCUUUUGGACAACUCACUUGUGAGUCAUCUGACAUCAUUAUGAUUUUAGAUGAUUGAUAGGUGCAUUGCCUUGCCUACCUUUCAAAGUCCCUUUUUCAGUGUUUCCAAAGUGCCCGACAGCCAGCUUGGUUGCUGGAUGCUCAUUUUUGUAUUUGAUAUAAGAAGGAAGCCCUAGUUUCCCUAUCUGGGAGUAGUGCCUUGCCCAGCCCUAUACUUGAGAUCUCUGUGGUCUUUCCCCCUACCAGCCUCAACCUAAGGUUGAAAGAGAUGCACUGACAAGUUAAGUUUCAAAUUAAUACACUCCAUAUAAGAGUAAUGCAUUAAAUGCAAAAUAAAUAAUUAUAAAGACUGCUCAGACUAAGGAGUUAUUUGGGUCUGCUUUUAUCUUCUGGACUCAAAUAGAAAAUAUCUUGAUCUCUGCAACUAGAACAUUAGCUUAAGCCUACUUAUUAUUUUACAAGAGAAGUUACAUAAAAUAAUGUAAUUUUAUCAAGAUAACUGGGUGAUUGGGAUGUAUCCAGUGGUGGUCUUCCUUAGAGCAGACCUAUUCAACAUAGCAAUUUUCAGUUUUUGCAUCUGUUGCAAGCAUUGCAGCUUGCCAGAUAGGAUGAUAUCACCUCUCCUCUCCCUGCACACUGUUCUGGGGAUUCUCCCGACCCGCUCAGGCAGCUUUGGGAGGAGGAGGGUGAGAAUAGGGGGAAACCCAUUGUGCAAGUUGAAAUCCUUGUGUAGGGCUUCUAACAGGACUGUUUAGGUGAAUCCCACCCAUUGAAAUUAAUGAAUGUGACUAACUGGGGUUUAUUAAUUUUGGUAGGUCUACACUGAGUCAAACUUAGUUUGAUACAAGCCAUUCACACUAUCUUACUGCUUUUCAGAAAGACUGAAGGCACUAGUUCUAUAAAAAAGAAAAACACUCAAGUAGCUGAAAAAUUAAGAACUGUUGGCAUUUAGCUAAGAAGAACAAAAACUUCCAGGUCAAUGCUUCCCAAACAAGGGAACUUGCAAUGUUUGAAAUUGCUGUCUCUUUUUUUGGACAUGAAAUGGUCCUUCAAAAGGAAAUAUUUGCUUAAAGUAAGGGCUAUUUGUUUCAGAACUCUUAAGGCAGAGUCUAUUUGAUAUAAUGUAAAUCCUACAGUACCUUGUGACUUCCUUUUGAUUUGAAAUGUGGCAUGACAGUUGAAGUAUCAAAUAUAGUCCUGUCAAAGCUAGUUUCUGUAUCAAGAUGAUUCCCUGCAGAGAGCUUUCAUAUAGCCUUAAGGGUGAGCUAUUGAAAGCAGAAUCAAAUAGCUUAACUAAUGCAUUGACAAAACUAACCUGUAAAUAUUUGACUAGACUGCAAAGAUGAAACAAGGGUAGGUAUUGCUUACAAGUUCAUUGUGCAGCAGAUAUUCUCAGCUUUCAGAAUUUCCACACCCAUUUAUCUCCCAACUUGGUUUUUGAGAGGUCUCAUGGCUCCAGAGGGGAAACUGAUAGCACCACCAUCAUAACCAUCAACUGCCAGUUCCUUUCACAACAAAGUACACUCAUUAGCAGACACUUAAUAUGUCCUGACCUCAUUCCUCCCGUCUGUCCCCCCAGCAUGGCUUUACGGCAGUUCCCACAGUUCCUAGUGUGUUUUCCCCUCACACUCACAAUAGUUUCAGAACUACCAUGGUUUCCUCAGUGGUUUUCAAGUUUAUCAUUGUUAACAAAGAUGUCUCCCUUCAUGGUAAUUUCGGCAAUUACUUUUUUCUUAAUGGUCUGCUUCCAGAUGUUGAAACCUGGUCUGUGCCUUCUAGAAACACAUUACUGUAACUCCAGACAGGUGUGAUAUAUGCAGAGCCAUUUUUGAAGUUAAACAGACUACCUUGCUCAGAGCGGUAAUCUUUGACUAGUGAAAUCCAGCAUAAUAAGGACAUAUUUUAUUCACUAGUUCAACUUCAUUUCAGUAACUGAUCUAAGUAGUCAGUUCAGUUGCCUUCUCUUCUUCACCAUGCAUAAGCACAUAGAUAGAGGGGUGAUAGCCUUCUGUGUAAUUUUAUUAAAUUUUGGCAGUGUUCUAUAUGGUUUGCCACCUGGCUUGAAGCCGCCUUGUUAGGGUAACAAAGUAGCUAACAAAAAUGCAAGACAGAGGAUUGAGAAUUCUAGCCUUUUAGCUUUAGAACAAGUAUAACUAUUUAAGUUGUGAAUACUGCUCAGUUUUGUAUAGUAAGGCAACUGUGUGCUUCGGAAUCAUUUGAGAUACACACUGCCAAAGUCGUCAUAAUUCCAUUUGUGUAAUGCUUGAUAAAAUUGAAGUUAAUAUUAAUUUCCAUUUGGACAUCCAAUUUUGUCAAUAAUAGUAAUAAUAAUUAAUAAUAAUAAUAAUUAAUAAUAAAUAUUUAAUUUAUUACUUAUACCCCACUCAUCUGGCUGGGCAUCCCCAGCCACUCUGGGCGGCUUCCAAAAGGAUAUUAAAAACAAUAAAAGGUCAAACAUUAAAAACUUCCCUAAACAGGGCUGCCUUCAGAUGUCUUCUAAAAGUCAGAUAGUUGCUUAUUUCAUUGACAUCUGAGUGGAAUGGACUUCACUUAGGGAAUGGGACUUCCCCUUCCUCACCUUUGCACUUCCUGUGUACUCCCACAAUCUGCUGUAGAAGGCUGGUGGUCCUUGUUGCUUGAGCAAAAGUAUGCUCUUUUGAUAAUUUUCAUGUGACUUUGAAAACCUCCAGUUACUAUAAAUGUAUUGAUAUAUUUUUAGUUCAUUACACUGAACAGUUUUGUUGUGCAUCCUCUUUGUUUUUAUGUUAUCAGUUAAGAAUAUAACACAUAUAUGAAAAUCUCAACAUUCAUAGUACUUUAUCUUUCAAAAGCUCUGUAGGUCAAUGACAAUAAUCAAAUCUCUAGCAGAAACCCAAAGCUACUCUUUUAAAUCCAUCUAGUAUCAAAUUAGUUCUCCUGAGUCCCGACUCCCAUGAAAAGGCUGGGAGACCAGAUGUAGCUUACGGUGUGCUCUGUAGGUCACCUCAUUUGGGCUGUGAUGGAAGAAAUGAGUUCUACUCUUGAAAAUAAUUGCUAGAAUUUUUUUUCUGGUGAAAUUAAUUAUAAAUACAAAUGUAGCUGUGUACAUCUUAUUAUUACAGUAUCUUAUUCUAAAAAACUGAAAUGCUAGUUUUACAAUAAGUGAAUUGGAUGCAGAUAACCAGGUGAGGUUUAACUGAAAUAGGAAAGUAAGUUUCUCAAAGAGAAUCUUUAGUAUGUUGACAGAUCAUCACCUAUACAUCUUUUAUGUUUCUUUAGUUCUGGUUUCGCUGGAAAGCUUUUUGUUAACUCAAAUUAUAUUUAUGUUAAUAAUAGCUUGCUUUAAUUCUUCUCAUAAAGUGCGCCAUUUAAAAAAGUGUAUUCUGUCCCAUUACUGAUAGUAAAGCCUAGUGUUCUUCAGAAAUGGGUUCUUAUUUCUCUCAUCUGCCUGAUGAGGGUGACAGUAGGAAUGUACAAAUUGUUAAGAACAGGAGGUUGUGUUGGUAAUGCACCUUGACCCAGAGGGCCAUGGUUAAAUUUAAUUUUAUUUCCUGGAGUUGACAUCACUUGUAUUGUAUAUGAGUAUUCUGUGAUGAGUGCUAUGGAAUCAUUAGCCAUAAAUGUGAAAACUUAACACCAGACUCUUAAAAUUAGUGAAACAUAAUGAAUUCGUGAAAAUGAGUAAAUUUGAUCUUCCAAAUGAUUACUUGAGUUUUGUGAACACAUACUCUAAUUUCUUUCUGCAACAUGGCUAGAAAUGAUUUUUAAUAGAACCAAAGAGCCUCAAAAAUUAAUUUGCAACUAACACAAUGUGAGUGACUUCCAUCGUUUCUUUAUAGGAUGGUGAUGAUGAUUCAAUUUAUUGUCUCCUUUUCAUCAGCAGGUCCCAGAGCAGGUUACAACAAUUUAAAAUUCAAUAAUAAAAACAGUUAAAACAAAUUGCAGUCACAUGAAUAGGUUGGGUCAUGAGAAAACAUAUCUCAGAUGUCAAAAGCUAGGGUAGAGGGGUGCCUCUUCAGCAUAGCCACUUGCAUGGAUGUGUUCAUUGCCUUAAGUUAAACUACUACAACAUAAGAAUACUAAAGGGUAUUCUUUGUUGUCUGUUAUGACUGUGACUGAAGGGGAUGUCAGAGGAAUGAUCAACAGCAACAUCCAAAAUAUGUCUAUUGAGCUUGCUCCCUAAUAAGAGUGCUUGGGGUUGUAGCCCAGUUCACUAGAGGUACCCAAAUGCUGAAGGGAAUUUAUGUAUUAAGGUAUUUUAACAGAAGGGAAAAAGAAGGGGAAUGAGAAACAUGUGGAAGACAGCUAAAAUCUUACUAACACUCACAUUUAACAGACACUGCUUAGGAGACAGGUUUGUUUCACAGUAACACUUCUCACAGUAAGAUAGCUUAUAAAUGCGGACUUGGAAAGUGUAGGUUGACAUUUUUAGUUGACUUUAAUGACUAUUCUUUACAGAUUUUACAGACAGAUCAUCUUUUCAAAUGGACUGUGGAGAAAACCCCAUCUUAACAAGAUUGUGCAAGGCUUGUUUGUAUUGAUUAGGAAAGAACUUGCAGUUCUUUGACAGAAUGGAGUGCUGCUGAAUAGUAGCUAGAUGAAUGUGUUUGUUAUGAGUCAGUAGGGUAAAGCUUAGAAAUCUCAUGGCUGGCUGAUUCUUUUGCAAGUUGAUGCCUUUUACAGGAGAGUGCCUAAGAUGUAGCCUAUCUUCUGCUUUAUCUCUGUUUUCCAUGCAGUCAGAGAGAAACUUACACCUGAACUCUUAAUCCACUAUAUUUUUGUUUUCGUUGCCAUUUGUGUGGUCAAUUAUCAAUUGCAGCCCAAAGUCCUUGCAGUCUACAAACUCUUGAAAUGAUAAAUAACAAGGAAUCAUCAAUGAAGGAAAAUACCAAUGCUCAUGAUAUCAGUAUUUACAAAAUCCAUUUAAUCUAGAUGAUUCUGAGAAAAGUGAGGGCAUAGAACUGGACAUAGGUCAGUAAGAAAUGUGGAAAGGGUUUAUAUCACUGCUAAGAAGCAGCUGUGAUUGUGGCUUCUUUAUGCUAUGACAUAUGGUACACUGUAUACCCUAAGGCAAAAUAGGUGUACAGAUGCAGCUUAGAAUUUGUGUGUGUGUUCUUGCCUCAGCUAAUGCUAUCUAGUUCAAAUGCUAUCUAGUUCAAAAAUAUCAUUCCAGAAAGCAAUAUGUUGGCAAAUAGAUAAUUUAUGUACUUUUUGUUGUUGAAUAACUGAUGUAGUUUAAAGUUUAAAGGUAAAGGGACCCCUGACCAUUCAGUCCAGUCGCGGACGACUCUGGGGUUGCAGUGCUCAUCUCGCUUUAAUGGCCGCGACAGUUUAAGGAUAGUGAAACAUUAUUGCAGACUUAAAUGGCUUUAAUGACAGCUCUGCCAAGAGUCUUUUUGCUUCUUUUUAGAAAAAUAUAUUCAAAAACUUGGGAUUUUGUAGAUUUGUAGAUUUUCAUUGGUUGUGGUGGCAGUAGCAGCACUAGAGGGAGUGAUGGAAAGACAUGUACAAAAUCAUUUUGAAAGCUCUGGGGAGGUUGUAAUGCAUCACAGUAAUUAAAUUUGUACCUCAACAAUAGGACCUGGGAGAGACUUAGGGAGAAAAUGCAGUUGUUAAAAACUGUUGAAACAUUUUAAUAAACAGAUGAUAGGAAACAGAAAAUCAUAGCAGUUACUAUGCAGCUGACUGGGAGCAAACUGGCCCAAGAAAGAGGCUGUUGUCAGUUGAUGAUUUUCCAGGUAGUCAAAUCCAUUGAGGUAGUAGCAUUAGAUCCUGUCAUCUUUAGGGUUGCAAGUGUACCAUUCUGCUUGUUCCAUAGUCUUUGCUUAAUGUACGAACAUAUGAAUUUAAAGAUUUAAAGUCACAGAAUAUGCAACAGCGUGGAAAUAUAGGGUGGUUAGACCUUUAAACUAUGCCCCUCCAAGUGAGUUCCAAAAUGUCCCGUUAAAAUGUUGCUUUCCAAAGUUUCCUUCUGCCCCUAGCACAGAAGAAUACCAUGUCUGGGAAGAUAAUAAUGGUUUACUUACAAACUCUCCAAAGGUCUGAUUCAUGUGCUUUUCAAUCCAGCAUUCAGAAAAGUUCCACAGGCAAUAAAACUUAGUUUAGUUCCAAAGUGGUGAAAGUUCUUAAAUUAUUGUUUAUAGGAACUCAGGAGCGGAUUGUGAGAGCCAUGCGGUUGAGCUUGAGCAACCAGCUCAAACCUCUUCACACGCUGAACCUCCCAGGUAGAUUGGAGAAGAACAAUAAUAGUCUUGAUUGAAUUGACUUAGCUAAGCUUGACAGGACAGUUUACUGGUAUUAAACCCUUUAUGCAUUAAUUAGACUUAAGCAUGUUUGUUAUAUAGGGCUGGUUAUCCCACAUGAACCAGUAUGAUAAAGACAUUUAACACCAUACAAUGGUUCUUCAAAACAUUUAUGAAGAAGCCCCCCCCCCCCCAUUGCAAGAACUCAACAACAGUUUGAUUCCAAUCCUAUUAACCAGUGGCCAAGUUCAGUUCAUAGCUAUUGCUGUGCAGAAUUACAACCAACUGGAAAAAAAUCAAGUGGGAGAUGUCCUGUGAGUAAUUCUGACUGAAGUUGUUCCCUUGUGUUCUGCCCACUCCCUCUAACUGACACCAUAGCACCUGUCAGACUGUUUUGAUGCAGAAGCCUAGAAGAUUGGAGCCCAUCUACAUUUACCACAGAGCCUUUAGUUGUAUUCUUUUUUUAAAAAAAGAUUCAAUUUCAGUUCAAUAAAAUAGAAGAUAUAUUUUAAUGUGGGGGAAGGAAGUCUCAAAUUCUAGGAACUGCAGGUUUUCCUAGUAUUACACAAUACCUUUUGUCGUUUGGAUGAACAAUACAAAAUAUCCGUGAGGUCACUGGGAGCACAGAGCAGCUGCUGAAACAUAAAUUUGUAGACCAGCUGCGUCUUAAUGUAGACUUUAAAGUUGUGAUAUUUUUUGUCCCCAUCCUGCAAAAACAAAGACAGAACACAUGGAAAUGUCUCAAAUUUUAAAUAUAGCACUGGAUUAUUAAACUACCAGUAUAUCUAAAGUACAUAUGAGCUUUGAUACUUUAAAGUUAAAUGUAUUGAAUUUAAUAUCUUUCCCUAGAUGCUUUUUUUUAUCUCUGCACUUUCUACAUUUUUUUAGUAUCUUUAGUUCUUGACUGCUUUGUUUCCGCUUGACUAGAGUAAUAUUUCCAGUAGUGCAUUAGGAAUGAUGGGUUUCCUCCAGCUGCUUUUACAAAGCAAAGUAAAGUAUCUAGAUGUGCUCACUGGUGGUAUUGAUUCUGGUGGUCUGCAGCAACGUAAAACAUUUUGUAAAUAGGUGUGUAGGGAACUACCUAAAAGUAGUAUGUUUACUACAAGGAGAACUUCUUUGCAAUUGCAUUGUUUCAUAUCUUGAACAGUAAUGUUACAGAGGGUAACUUUCACAGAUGUGUUGUGAGUCAUGACUGCUUUCAUGUGGAAAUAGUGCUUGCUAUUUUGUUACAGUUAGUUUCAUGGGAAAAGCUGUGUUGUGUUGAAAAGCAAUUUUGAGUUUGAACUUUGUGUUUUGUGUGUUGUGUUCAAGAAAUAGGAUGGCUAUAAAUAUUAGUGUUUUUGGUUGGGUAUGGUUCAGUGCUAUCAUGUUGUAAUUAUUUUGGAUGAUUCCCGCUAAAAACUCUAUAAUUCUCAUUCAAACAAUGUUUGGAGUUGAAGCAGGUAAAUUUCAUCUGCCUCCUGACUUAAACUGAUGUAGCCCAUUGAUGCUACAUAGAAGUUCAAUUAGUAAGGUUUACAGUCUGUGUGCAAGGAAUUUCCCUAUAUACGAAGUUGGAGGACUUGGGCAUGGCCAGGAUUUUUUUUAGGGGGGUGGCCGGACUUCGUUAGGGGAGCAGAACUGACAUUAUUGGUCAAUUAGUUAAGUAUUUCGAUUGAGUUACUUGAUCUGGGGGUGCAGCUGCUCCCCUACCCCCCUUGGCUAUGCCCAUGUUGCAGGACCUUCCAUUGUCCCCAGAUAAGCUUAAUAAAGGUUAUAGUGACAUGUUGAGAGAACUCACACAGGGAAGUUGUGUUUAGAUGAAAUUGCUUGCUUGGAGAAUGGGAAUGAGCAACUAUUUUCAUGUCGGAGAGAGUAAAAUUUGUUAAGGAGGAAAGCUUUCUUUAAAUAUACAUGGAAGAGGAAAUUGAGUGCGAUUGCCUGCUGAGUAAGAUUGCCAGAUUGCAGCCUGGCAGCACUGACCUUAGGGACAUUAAUUGUACCUGAUUGCUGGUUGACAGAAGACGGUUUGCUUCAAAAGAGACAACUGCCUAACAUACUGUCUAGGCAGUGCUGGAACAGAGUAUCAGUUGGUCUUGUUCUUAUUAUCUUUCUAAUGAUUGAUGACUCUCUCCAUGAAAAGGCAUGAGAAUGAAACCACUGAGAGAACUUUAUAUUAAGGGGUGGCAUACAGAUGUCAUAAACAAAUGAAGUGAGAUUGAAGAACAAUCUUGGAGAAUUGUUUGUUCAUACCUGCACCAAAAUUUUGACAGCAUACUUGCAUUUAUUACUUGUACAGCUUCAGCUAAAUAAUCAACUUGUCUUUACCUUCCACCACCAAACAAGCAAGCAGUUCAUUGUGCUUUGGGCAAAAGGCCUUAAUGACAUUCUUACACAUUAGUCUUUUUUAAUGUGUAUAGCUGCCUGUGCUGUUUCAAUUGCUGUACCACCAAUACCUGCUCACUUAAUCAAGAUAUUUUUGCUUCAUUGCAACUUGCCACAGAACAGAACAGUUCAGUUUUGUAUGAAAAUGAUUCCCUGAAUCAGCAGGAGUUCAGCCCAACUGCUAAUGUGCAUUUCUAGAGCAGAACAAACAGCCCAGUCAUGGGGCUUGGUGGAAGGAGAAUGGUUUAAAUAUGUAUGCUGCAUAGUUUAUUUUUCUGUGCUUAAAAUGAUUGAACAGUCAAUUUUGGAUGGGCAGUGCAGAUCGUUAUGCAUCAAAGAAACCUGCUAGGUGUUAAAACAUUUCCCAAGGUUGUAACUGUAGUUGUGAGAUGGCAGCUGUUUCAUAUGAUGCUCAAUAUGUUCAAGUUGUCUCUUAGUAUACAACAAGUUUGUCAUAACACACAGCUUGCUCAGCCUACUCACUAUUGAGGUUGUAGUAUGAGCCCAUUUCUCAGUCACCUGAAUUAUUGAAUUAGGCAACUACAUAAGUGAGAGUAAUUGUGUGGAGUUUUGUUUUCUCAAUUUGCUUGUUUAAAAGUGUUUAUAAAGUGCUUAUUUUUUUAAAAACCUAGGUGGUGUACAAUAUAAAAUAUACCAUAUUGUUAAAAGAAAAAUACAACAUAAAACUAAUAAAACUGUAGUAUAAAAGCAUAUUAAAAACACCACAAUACCUUCAGGAAUUCAGACACACAAAACAGCCCAUUCUUACUGGUCAGGGAAAGCUUAAUUAAUGAGGAAUCAAGUUCCUGUCUGGUUCUUAAUGCACACACUUGCAUGGAUCUUUUCUGCCUGAUCAGUACCCUGCUAUUGCAAACGCAUUCCUAUUUAUAGUAGGAUCAAAUCACGGGACAGUGACAAGUCCACUCUCUGUGUGUAAAGGAAAUUCUAUAGAAGAAAGAUCAUGGUGCACUUAAAAAAGCAGAACUGUUUCACCUCUGUACAGAUGAAAAAAUGGGAUUAACUACUGAAAAGCAAUAAUGCAUCUGCUACAGCGUGUCCUAUUUUAUUUUAAAUAUUCAGAGAAUCAGGGGAAAUUGGGUUGGGAUGAUCCUUUUGCUUGGCUGCUAAUUCUUGUAUGGCUGCUUUCUAGCAUCAUGCUUUCUUGGUCUUCUCUUCUGUCAGACAACUAAUGGCGGCAAUUGUCCAGAUUCUUAAUUUUGUCUGUUUAACUGAAACUGUUGCACUCACCAUUAAAAACAAGCUCAGUUAGAUAUCAUUGGCAGAGAGAUACAAACAGAUAUAAAUAUCUAAUAAUAUACAAGAGGGUGCUAAGUUGUAAUGAAAUUAAAAAUAGAUGUGAGCUUUCAUCGGCAGUGCUAAGAGAGCAUAUCCUUUUGGCUCUUCUUGCAGCUAUGCAGUUCCUAUCCACGUUGGUCAUUACAUAAGAACUCUGUUGUGUUAAGAACUGGUGCUAGGUUUGCUGCUUCCUCCCUCAUCUUUCCCCCUUUUUUGUGUUCUGUCUGUUAGAUUAUAUGCCUGAGUACAGGGACCUUUUUGAUUUUUAUUGUUCUGUAAGUAGCUCUGGGAACAUUUUUGGCUGAAGAGCAGGGUAAAAAUGCAUUUGGUAAAAUAUCUUACAAUAAUUUAAGUACUUUAAACGUAGAGUUCUUAUAUCAGAUGAUUUUCUCAAUCAUUUGAAAAAAAGACACAGUAUGGGAAACAGUGGUAAUAUGAAAAAACCAUUUAGAGUGAUAUUCAAAAUUACAGGAGUGGACUUCUGCUCAUACAACAAUAUUUUUCCUCUCCAUUCCCUCCCCUCCCACAAUUUACUCUGAAGAGUCUUCCAAGUCUUUGGAGCAGACUUUGGUGCAUGGUGGGGUAGCUGCAGAGGGGAGCAUAGGAAGUUCUGUUACACCAGUGGUGGCCACAGUUGGAAUUCACCCAGAGGCUGCAGUCCUUUGCACACUUACUUGGAAAUAAACCCCAUGGAACUCAAUGGGACUUGCUUCUGACUAGGCAUAUACAGGAUUUCACUGUUACUGUCUAAAAUGUGUACAAUUCUAUUAAAAAUGGAGUGUGAAAUGGAAUAAGCUGCAGACUUGAAGAUUAGAUAGGCGCAAGAUGUAGGAGAUAAUAUCCAAGUAGGAGCUUUUGGAAUAUUUGUGAACAGAAUGGGAAAUUGAUAUAAAAUGGCAACUAGAUGGUAUGUUACUUUAGUAACCAUGAGUAAAACCAGUAACUGCAUUUUUAUUUGCUGGAAACAUUUUUUUAAAAUGAGGAGAUCUCUGCCAUAUGUGGUAGACACACCUCUGUGCAGAAGGAUAUUGGAAGAAAAUUAAUGGAGAAAAUAUUUGGCAAUACUGAUUCAGCUCGACACUUCUCAUUUUAACCUAUAGAAAAGAUUUAAUACGCAAAGAACAUAGAGAACUGACUGGUUAGACUUGUUCAUGCUAUAUAUUGGAAUGUACCUCCAGAGGCACCAGGAUGGCAGCAUGAUUCACUUUCAAGGAAGCUCUUAGAAAAAGGCUUCCCUCAAAAAAUGCCCAAAUGAGAAGAACAAACUUUGGCAAAAGCAGACAAUACAGGACACUAGAAAAGAAUUUGAGGAGCACGCUAAGGCCAACAACAAAAAAAUCUUUAAAUAUAUUGGUAACAGGAGAUAGUCUAGGGAGGCUUGGACCCUUGGAUGAGAAAGGGGGUCAAAGGUGUCCUAAAGUAGGAAAUUGCAGAGAAGCUGAACAAAUUAUUUGCAUUCCUGCACUAACCUGUGAAGGAAGGUAGUCUGAAGAAUUGAGGCAAAAUAUUGAUGAAAUAUGACAUUCUAGGCCUAAUAGAUAAAAUAAAAACUGAUAAUAACUGAUUCCGGAUGGCAUCGUCCUGAGAGUUCUCGGCUGUGAAAUUGCUGAUAUUCUAAUGGAAAUAUGUAACUUCUCCCCAGUAUAAACCUCCAUACCGGAGGACUGGAAAGUGACCAGUGUUAACACCAAUUUUUUAAAAGGGUUCAUCAGAGGAUCCUGAAAAUUGCAGGCUAAUUAGCUGAAAGCCUGUCCUUGGAAAAUUGGUGGAAAGUAGUUGUCUUCCCCAGUGCCAUUUGAUAAUGUUAGUCCAUGAACAAUUAUCUGGUGUUAUUCAAAGGAGUGUCAGUGAGGCAGUAUAUGCAAUCUGAGCCUACAUAUAUUUCUGGCUGUGUUGCAAUUCUAAAUAAUCAUAUUUUAUGAUGCAGACUUAUAUGUGGGGAAGGAAGAAGUUGCCUCAGCAACUUGAAACGUAGACAGCUAUAGGACUCUGGACAGAAUAUAACAUGAAUAAGUUGAAUGAGUGUGCCACAGAGAAUUAACUAAGAAAAAGCUGACUCUAAAAACCAAACCAGAAAAUUUCCUCAGAGUUCCUUGACACCAAGACAAGGCAAAGGUGUAUCUGGUGACAAAACAGUGAGAGAAAAUUGCAGUAAUGAAGUAUUUCAUGUAACUAUUUCUUUCCUACUCAUGUAGUUGUGAAAUGUGGUGGCUGUGCAUAGGCUGCUCAGUUAGUGAGCAGCAGGUUUUGUUGGUUGAUUGGUGGUAUUUGCAACUCAUGAUUAUUAUACUGUUUUAGUUGUGCAACUUUUAUAAUUACGUUAUAUGUAUGUAAAUAGCACAAUAUCAUUUUAAAUGUUUUUGAAAUGGUAAAGUUAGGUAAAUCCCACAUACUGUUUGUGUAGGCUUUGUAUAUUACAUUUUAGGAUACUGUUGACACUUUAGCAGUUGCUUUUUAAAAAAUAUUUUAUUAUAGAUGCAACAUUAAAACAAACCAAUAUAAAACAAUCAAAACAUUCCAAAGAUCACAUUGGGGGAAUACACAAGUGAACUGUGUGUCCUCGUAACACACUUCGGAAAGAAUGUAUCUAUAAAUGCCAUAGGCACCAAUCUAUAGAAUCGAUUACAACAACAGACUUGCAAAGUUGACAGCAACCUUCUUUAUCAAUUUAAACAUAAAAGGCUAACUGGGAGUGGAGAGAGGCUUGGUAAAAUAUUACAUAAAUUCCAUUUGUUGCUUAGCUGCUAUGUCUAUUUCGGGGAUAGAAGAAAAUGGAUGUUGCCAUUAAAAUUCAAAACUGCCAGGCAAUAUUAGGGGCAAAUAAAUAGAUUUCUAUACUUAGUAAUAGCUCCUGGCCUAUUAUUACAAUAGAAUUGCCUUUCUGCAUCAUAGCAGAACUAACAUUUGCUCAUUACAUGGAACACGCUCUGUGGUUUUUAGUCUACGUAAAAUAAUACAGACACUACUGGCUUAUAUAACACAAUGGCAAAGAAGAGUGUGUUUACUUCUCAGUUUUACUCUUUCUACAAAAUGGCUUGUCCCUAAUUUCUGAAGUCCUUAACUCAUUUGCCUUACAGCCACAGACAGAUAAUAUAUUGGGAUGUGCAUUUGUGUUCUUCAGAAGCUCCUCGCCACGCAAGUGCUCUUCAGUAUUUCUUUUUAAUGGAAAAAAAUACUAGUCUUAAAUGCCUAAGGAAAUAACUUUAAAAAUGAGUUGUCAACUGGGUUUAGUUUUUUUGCAGAGUUUACUUCCUUGGGAAGCAGGAUGCAUAAAACAUAAAUGCUUCUGAAAACACUGAAAUGAGAAUCUUUCAGGCUUAAUGCAUAUUUCUCUACUGCAGCUGAGCUUGAUGCAGAGCAUGCACAGAAGGUGUUGGCUAUGGAGCAUACCCAGCAAAUGAAGCUAAAGGAGCGGCAAAAGUUCUUUGAAGAAGCUUUUCAGCAGGACAUGGAACAGUAUCUCUCCACAGGCUAUCUGCAAAUAACUGAAAGACGAGGCAAGUACUGAAAAGGUUCUGUGUAAUUUUUAAGCUAGAUCCCAAUAGGAAGCAGGAUUUUAGUUCCUUCAGUACAUCUCUAUCCUGUUCUUUCAUGUAUAAGUUCAUAUUGGCUUGCUUGUUUGAGCAUUCUCUUCUUCAACCAGUGAGCAGAAUGAGACCCACUUAGCUUCUAAGAAUGUAACAGCAGGCAAAGGACUGUCCUAUAUGCAGGACUGCGAUUGAGGCGCUGCAGCUGGAAAUAGCAUGGCACCAGUGGGUGGGAUGAGGGCUGAUAAAUUCUAAUAUUGCAGUUGCUUGCUCCACAUGAACAAGUGACAGAUUGCAGUUUUGCUGUUUUCCUCCACAAUGAUGAAUUGUAUGGAAGAAAACACAGCCGAAUCCGAAGGCCUGUGGUAUAGCAACUGUAUAGAUGUAUGAAAGCUGUAUGUUCUGAAGUAAGUUUAAUGGUUUAAGACUUUUCCAGCUGGAUUCUGUUGAUCUUCCACAGUUCAGGUGCCCUGCUUCCAGCACCUUCAUUGUCACAGUAGGAUUUCCUACACAUGUACAAAGGACUUUUACAAUGCCUGAAACUUCUGGGGCUUCUAUCGCAACUUAGCACAUUCUGUUAGUCUCCGGGUUAAUUCUGGAGAAAUUAAGCCACCUCUUAAUAGCAGUUUGAGAUUGGGAUGUUAGCUUCUUGUAAUGGCAGUUAUGAUUAGUUUUACUUACCUGUCUCAUAAUGAUAAAAUCUUUUUUAAAAAGUAAGUUGCAUCAUCCUGAGUUUGGGUAUGAAGUCCGAAGUAGUUCCAUUACAUGAAUUUCAGAAAAUAAAACUGUAAAUCCAGUGCAAGUAUUUUUUUAAAAAAAUAAAGGUAAAAGGAUGCCUAUUCACUAACCAUAAAUGUUAUCUUCCAGCAUGCUUAAUUCAUGCCAUAGUUUUCUCCAAAAGUGAUCAUAUAUGGGUUAGAUUUUCAAGUUUACUUGUUUACCUUUUUCUUAUGGCAGAGCCGAUUGGAAGCAUGUCUUCUAUGGAAGUAAAUGUGGACAUGUUGGAACAAAUGGACCUUGUGGAUAUGUCUGACCAAGAAGCCUUAGAUGUCUUCCUUAAUUCAGGAGGAGAGGACAGUACUAUGUCAUCUCCUAUGAUAGGUAUAAAAUGAACUCUUGCAUUCUUGAUCUGGUUGCACUGGCAUAAAAAGAAAUAGUACUUAUUGAUGUUUUUAAGCAGGGUGGAUACGUAUUAAAUUUAGGUGAUUUAAAUCACCAAUAAAAAAGAUCUACCAUAAAUUGUUGAUUUCAAUCACAUUUCCCAUUUGUUUUCUGAACAAAUAUACAUAUCACCAGCCAGGUUCACUAAGAUGCAGGAUUCAGCAAGAAGCCCACAUCUUUCAUUUCACAAAAAAUUGGAGGCUUAAUUUGAACUAGAGCCUUAGUUCAAGGAUACUUUCAUAAAACAGAGAUUCUUAUUGUGGCUACUUUCCUGACAUCUUAUGUCUUAGACUGAGGUUUAUGUGCUCCAUUUAUUCUGGAUUAUUAGUCAGGCAUUACAAGGAGUGGUGCACACAGCUUUUUAUGCUUUAGUAUGCAACUAUUCUUCACUUUCUUUUUCACCCUGAGAAACUCAGUGCCAUUUCUGGAGCACGUAUUCAAAUGCUUUCUUACUUUCUCUCAGCUAUUUUGUACAAAACACCUAAAGCAUAUAGUCUCCCAAUUGUUGUAAUAUAAUGGGUUUCUAACAAAUGAAUAAGCCUAGCUCACUGACUUCUCUUGUUAUUUUGAAGGAUCAGACAACAGUACUGGUCAAAAUGAAAUCAGUCUUCAAGUUCCCACCCAGUCAGCGUUGAGAGAGUUGUCCUCAACUUCAGCCUGGACUGAUUCUGCCAGCCAAGAUGCCAGUGAAGGGGAAUCGCCUGUGAUCCAGUCCGAUGAGGAAGAUGUGCAAGUAGACACUGCCCUUGUUGCUGUAAAUACUGAAAUGAAAGGCCCUUCUGAUGUUAGUGAUGAGAGUGAUUCGCAAACAAAUUGAGUUAUCAUGGUGCUCUAAAGGAAUUAGGACCCUGGAAUGAAUGAGUGAGUAAAGAAGUAUUUUGAGCUUGCUUUUGUUACUCCGAUCUUAUCAUGAAAAAUAUUACCAUAUAUAAAACUUGAGUUUGACAGUCAUGAAAAUACUGAUUUUUAUUAAAAAUUUCUUGAAGCACACCAUUAGCAAUAAAGUGUUGGCUUUGGAACAGUAAAACUUGUAUAUAAAGGGUUAUCCAAUGAACAAGUUGUUGUAAGGGUUCCUUUUAAAAUCCUCCAUAGGAACAUAACACAGAAGCCAUGUUUGUUGUCCCAGUGUGCAUGUCUUAAUUGUUGUGGCUAAAGACCGGUAAAUGUUUGUUGUUUAGCCAGAAGAAUAGCCUCCAAUUAUGUGACCUUCCAGAUGUAAGAAACAAAUCUAUAUGCUUUCUUACUGAUGUUUUACAUACCUAUAAAUAACGAGCAGAAAAAGAUCAGCAACUACUUGAAUAGUUGAAAAAGUAUGUGAACUUUGAUUCCAUGCUCCUGUCCUGUUGUUGCUUUGUCCUACAUUUAGUGGGAUAAGCCUCAUUUGUGAUAAGGGAUGUAGAAGCAUGCUGCUUUGUUCACUUCACAAUAGAUACCGAAAGACUGAUGAAGUGCACUAUUCUAACUUUAAGACUGUUGAAGCUUUCUACUUCCUACCUGUAGCACACAGCAUCAGGCCAACACGCUUGUGCUAUCCCUAUGUAAGAGAUUAUGGGCAUGUUCUAAAUGAGCAGCUAUUCCCAAAUAGCUGACUACUCGAAAUAAGUCUCAGAAGCCCAUUUCUCUUUGAGUUCGGUGGAAUAAUGUACCUAUAAAUGAAAGUUGGGAAUAUCUGCUAUAUGUGUUGCAUCUUUCCUAACAAGAAUGGUCCUCACUUUUGAAGUUUAAUCUCUACUGCUCUUUCAGAAGAAAGACAAAGUGUCCAAAAAGUGUGGUUUUUUUAUUAAACCUUGUAUUACAAACCUGAAAAGUAAACAAAACUGGCAAUAAACAUGAAGUCUUUCCUUACAAGGAAAGAGAGCAGAGCAGCGCUAAUAAAUUAAAUGUCAAACUGUAAGCCAUAGUCAGAAGUUUACUGUCAAGAAGGAAAAAGUACACAGCAAGGCCAUAAAAACCGGACAACCACAUUGGAAAACACUCGACUCUGUAUGUUAUUGUUAAAUAUUCCAAAACAAUUCGUCUUCUGCAACAACCGACAAUAUGUAUUUUAUAAGACUUUUCCUGACAGUCACCACUGGCAAGCUCAGUGCAAUAUGGGUAGCUCUACGGUCUUGAAUUCAAUUAUGAAACAAAAGAGUUUGUGAAAACAUUUUCCCUUUUUUAUUCCACACAUACUGUACACACAACUGGAAAAGGGCAACAACUACUCCAUUAUUAUUUUUGUUGUUGUUCAGUGAUGUAAGCAGCACUUAUAAAUGUUACAAGAAAAACCCUGUAAGCAUCCAAAUCCAUCCGAUGAAGAAAGUGAAACGUAAGGCUUUUCUUCAUCUUGUCUCUUUGCCACCCUUCCCCACCCUCCCAAGAAAAGGCUCAAGUAUUUAAAACAAUUUACAGGCUUAUGUACAAAAGGUAUGAUUUCUUUUUUGUUACAACAUGAAGGAAAAAAAUAGACAAGAUGAGAGCAAAUGCAUUUUUCACAUUCAAAAGAAAUAUGCAAAUCUGCUAGUGGCUCUAAAUGUGAUCAAACAACAAAACAAAAUUCAAAACAAAAUUAAUGCUGACUGUGAAAAGGUAUGAAAAACAGCAGUGGAAUGGAAAUGGAAUGUUAAAGAUUGCACGUCUAUGACAAGAAGCACUUAUGGCUUCAAUCAUUUUAAAAGGAUGCUAUUGAAGGGUUUUUGAUAAAGUAGCCAACAGCACCAAAACAUAACAGAAUGGAUUUCCUAAUGAAAUCAGGCACAGUUUUCGCUCACAUGACUCCUCAAGGCAGGCAGUCUUUUUCUUCUCUUUCUUCUCCUCCUCGAACAGAUGCAUAGUGAAGUGCUGGUAACAGAGAACAAUUUCUCCAAAUCUCCCAUUUUGCCUACAGUUAGAAAACUAAGUCCAUCUUCAGCUGCCAUAACCUCUCAAAGAAAAGUGUGUAUUCUCCAAUUUAAAAAGGUACAAAACUCAUCCUGCCUGUUACAGAAUACAAGCCAAAAGUAUAGCAAUUUCUUUCAAGUUUUGUCUCCUAUCCCUUUUCUCUCUAGAAAAAAAUCUGUUGACAUGACUUGGAGAACAAAUUAUAAAACGCCAAACUUCAACUUAUCAAAAAAAGAGUUUAAAAGCCUUUUCACAGUUACCAAAAAAAGAAAAAAAGGCUUUGUAGCUUCAGACAGAGGGACAAAUACAAAUGAAUUUCAUCAGCCCCUUGCUGCUUUCAAAACUGAAUGUACAGCAGUUAAAAAAAAUCCUGCUGUAAUCUAACUACCCUAAGUAAAAAAUAAAAAUAAAAUAAAAUUCAACAGUUUAAUGCUAAAACAAAAUUAGUUCUCUAAAACCAGAAGAAAAUCUUCUUUAGAGCUAGUGCAAAGACAGCUUGUAUUCUACAGCAAGUACUCCAAACUAUGAUAUAAUAAUUACAAAAAAUAUAUAUAAAAUUGACAAAAAUGAGAGUGUGUGUUGGCAUCUUCAUGAUUAACUUGAAGCACUUUUGGAUGAACUGGAGGAUGAAAGUCUUGAUGAUGGCACGUCGACUGUUGCUCUCUUCCGAGGUCCUCUUUUUGGUGUAGGCUUGCUGAUAGAGUUCUCAAUGGUGCCAUUUUUGCCAGAUACUUUUCCACAGAUUUGAUUGACUAAACUGAUAAUUUGUUCCUAUUUCAGAAGGAAAAGAAAAAUGAGUUUAGAUAGCAGAAGCCUUAAUAGAAUGUGGCAAAUAAGCUCCAACAAUGGCCACGCACUAGAUAUAACACUCCUCUCACAUCGUCCAGCACAACUAUGAGGAAUGGAACAAUUCUGUUUAACUAACUUGUUGAAUCAGUGCUUUAUGAAGUUUGGCUUUUUUAAAAAAACAAUCCACCCUGUUUAAUCACAAUUUGACAUGCUGUUCAAACUAAUCUAAAAUAGAAAUAAGGGAGAACACAUGAACCCAGAGCUCAUUCAUAUAUGCUGAACCACAGAUUAUUUGCAUUCUGCUAAUGACAAAAAGUCCUCACUUAAACCUUGUGUGUAUGGUUAACAUUUACUUUGCUUUUUUAAAAAAGGAUAUAUUUAUAACUAUUUCAAACCACGUUAUUGAAAUUUCUACAUACCUACUAGACUUCAUAUAAUGAUGGAAUACAGGACAAAAACUGCAUGUUUAAGGAUGCCUUUUAAAUGCAAGAAUAAAGUGCCCAUAAAACUGAAACUCAAAAAGCAGGUUUCCAAUAUACCUGAAAUUAUUUGUAAGAUCAAAUUUCAAUUUUCAAAAAUGUAAACUUUUCCAACCUAUGAGCUAUUAGUUAUUAUACAAACCUCAUCAUAGCGAUACAUUAGUUUUAGUCCUCGGCAAGACUUCUGUUUUUCUACGUGUCGCAGGGCACAUUCGAGGCAGAAGACAACGUUUUCGUUUUCCUGUACAACCUGCAAACAUUUUUUAAAAGGUCAAGAGCAUUAAUAACCCACAGAUCAGUAUUUCCUGAACAGCCUGAUUCUAUAUCGAAGCUUAACCUGGAAGUCUCACACAACUGUGAUCCCUGUUUGUUAAGCCUGUGGGUGAAUUCACUUUUAAAAUUCAAACGUUGAAACCACUCGUUACUACUGUUGGUGUGGCAAAUGUAAUAACCAUGGUGAGAUCAUUAAUUGAUAUAUGUCCAAUCACUUUGUUAGUGUUUAUGGACACACCUAUUUAGAAUCAAAUCCCAAUGAGCAACAGAAUUAGAAACUAAACUUUGCAAUUCUUAAGCUCUUCCAAGCAAAACUGAGCCAAGGUGAACUUUUUCUUCCAUAGAGGCUAAGGAAUGAUGUAAACAUCAAGGCAACACUGUUCAUGUGGCAGAUGCUACCAUCUGGCAAGAUGGGUAUGUGGCAUGGUUCACUGACGGCACAUUUUCUCUCUGCCACUGCAGAGAUGUAUUGGUAGUUUGCAGUGGUGUGCAGAAAACCACUCUAUUUGUAAAUGAGUAAUUCUACAUAAAUGGCUUAUCCCACGCUGACAUUCAAAAGUGGCCUUCAUAUUAGUGCUACCUUGGGCUUGAAAUGGUAGAAAAGCUUUUAUACUGUGUCAGGAAAAUGCAUUUUCAGUCAUGAUUUUAAUUUAUUAGUCCCAUAAGCCAAUUAUUAUUUUGGUACUAAAUUCUAAAGAGAGCUUUUAUGACCUAAAAUUGCACUAUUUUCUGCAACCUCUUGCUGGUCUGCAAUGAGAAAUCUUAUAGUUUAUUAUUCAAGUUCUUCUAGUAAUAGGCUCCCUUUUACUGAACAGUUUGAACUACCUCCUUGACAAAUCUUGAAAACCAGAAAACCCUCUUCACUUAUUCUGAAUAUGCGAAGGGGCCUGUGGAAAGUGUGGCUCUAGCUCCUCCCCCUCAAUGACAUGACUCUUGAUUUGACUUGUGAUUGACUGAAUCAGAAGGAAGACACUUUCAUUGUGCAUAGGAUUUCCUACAUGGGGUGGAAGUAGCCUCCUUCAGACUCAGCACACUGCAUGUUGGAUUUGGAAUACUGCCGGCAUGCGUGAUCUCACAAGGGAAUGGAGGUAAGCCCGCAGGUUCCUGCAGGCCCCAAAGUGAGUAUCUGAAGACAGCUGAAGUGAGGCAUACAUUCUUUUAAGUGAAAAAUCACCAGCUUCUGCUUACAACUGGCAUACUGUAGUACAAUAGCAAUUUUCAAAUGGUGUUCCAGGUAAUUCUGGAGUUCUCCCAUGAGAAAAUACCAGAGAAUCUUCUCUGGAAGAGCCCCUGCCCACCACUGUCAAUCAUCCAGUGCAAUGUGCAGACUGCUGGAGAAUCUGGCAUAUUUUGUACAUCAGUUGUUGUCCUCUUUGAACUGAUGAAAUGAAGCACAGCUGACCUCACUUGAACUGAAUGGUACAUCCUGGAACAUAUUCAGAAAUUCUCUAGAGCAUGUCAAGUUUCCUUGACAGGCGUCAGAAUAAGAUUUGAAAACUAUGAAAUGACAAUAAAAAUUUC